AUGGCAGCAAGCGAGGCGACAACAAAGGAUGCAGUGCCACCAUCAUCACCUAACAAGCCCUUCUAUCUUCCUGCGGGAAGGUAUGAAUUCAAGGACUCCGGAAUAUAUAUUGGAGAGUGGUUGGAUGAGAAGGCAGUUGGCCUGGGGCUCAUUACGAAGGACAAGUCCCAAGGCGAGUACACGGGAUUAUGGGAGGCUGGGUCGGAGAAAUCGGGAGUCUUCUUGUGGCCAAACGCUCCAGGAGCCAUGUACGAAGGCGAAUGGGCCUCCAAUCGACGCAAUGGUUUCGGCGUCUUCAAUCGAGAGGACUGGGCCAUUAUGGGAAAGUUUGUUGACGACUUCAUCACCAUAGGUGUCAAGGGCAAGGAGAAUACAGCAGCGCGUUUUGAGGGUCGCUUUGAGAACGGAUUGCCUGCUUUCGGUGUGGAGACUUACGGUGACGGAGGUAAGCAAGUCUCUCAACGCUCGCUUUCCUACUCUUUUAACCAGAGCUAUCUGGCAUAAAGUAGCAGUGUGUCCAGAUUCGAGAUACGACCACAGCACUGCAUUGUUCCUGAGGGGAAGUGCGUUUGCACACCAGCCUAGUAAAUAAGAAGUUAAAUUCAUAUGGCGAGGAUUGUGUAAAUGCUGUAAAAAGUAGUAUAUUCCAGGGGAAUUUAACAGAUGAUAACUGCCGGCUACAAGUGCAGAUAUGGGCAACCGGUCAAAAUCCCUUCUUUUGAGUUUUUCAACUACAGACUGUGUCAACGACCGGGUGAGGGAACCCAAGCACACACGACCAGCCAAAGGUGCCUGUCUUACGGGAAAGGUAGAAAUAGGGAUUUUACGGGUAGGACCUAUGUACGCAUAGAAGAAUGGCAGAAUGGGAGGGUUUUAUUGCAUUGACAUAUAGCAAUCGAAAUUAAUCAGGACAAUUAAAAAAUGAACGUUAAGUGUCUACAAUGAUCGCUGCUCCACUCUCUAAUUUAGGGUGAUUGUAGAUAAUGCACCAGAGAGUCUACAACAGAUGACCCAUAUUUGGACGACGAAGCAUCAAAACGGAAUAAUCGUGUAGGAUUAAAACUCACUUAAAAGUACAGUACGUAUUCCUUGUUUGCCACAAAUUGCUUGGGGUACUUCCCCGAUCCUUGCCCAGACUGUAUUUGCUUGUCUAAAGUGCAAUUGCCUUUGUAACUAUUCUGCACGUCUACGGGCCAAAAAGGGCAUUACUGCAAGAGCGUGAAUCCGCGGCUCUCGGUAAAUUCUUCAAAUUAUGGUAAUGUAAAAGAUCAUGAAAAUAAUCUUCAAAUAGUCUGCUGUUAAAUUUUGGGCUAGAUCGCAUUUGGUAGCCUGGAAUGGGAAGCGGACGACGACUCUUAUCCUAAUCCCAACCUUAACCCUAACCUUAACCUCAACCCCAAGUGAAUAUGAAGGACUUCGCCUCGCGUAGUGCUGUAUUCGCCAAUCACUGUUCAGUUUUAGACUGACUGGCUGAGGCAUGAGUGGAAGCAAAUUAUGAUCAGCAGAAAAGACACGAUUUUAAAACGUUAUGCUUACUUCGAUUACGGUUUACGAGGGGGUACAAUGACAAUUACGAAAUGCGGCCGAUUCUCAUUAAAUAUAUCUUUUAUGCCUCAAAUUAUAAGACGUCUCGUGUACACAUGAAACUAACCAUAAAGCAAAACACAAAGUACUAUAGAACAACUUUCAUUGGCGUGUGAGAUUGAAAUACUGGCAGAAUGAGCUUGCAGAAGUGAUCCGCAUAUACUGUGCUCUAGUGAAAACCCACAUGGCUGUAAGUACGCUGGCUCCAAACGGGAGGCUCUUUAGCCCUUUCCGUUAACCUUGGCGAGAAAAACUACUAUUGCUUUAUAAGUAGACAUAGGUAGUGAAAUAAAAGGCAUUUAAAACGUUAUUUAAAGGUUGGGUUAAACAAGCAAUGGAGUUAAAUUUGGCGGCGACCUACUAACUCCAGUAUACUAUUGUAUGAUACGACCAAUACCGGCGAUAGACACUAACGUAACUUGAAUUAUCUCGACGAUUAAUAAUAAUCCAUCAUUAUUUGUCGCGUUACCGCAUAAUAGCAUUGAUAAUUCGCCGGUCUUCCGUACGAUACAUGUGACUGGCACAAUGUCAACUUCGUGAAUAUAGCCCUGCACAAAGAGAAUAAAGCAUUCACUGAUUAUCAUUAAAUUAAGAAAAGGUGUUAGCGUUGAUACCAAUUUUCCCAGAACUCGUCCGAAUAGGUAAUGAAUAAGACUAUCUGCCGCAUACGGCAGUUCUCAACUUAACUUCCUUAAACGUCCCCGUCGAGAUGAGACGUUUCAAUUACUUUAAUAUUCGAAAACAACAGCACUCCUACAAUACCUGAAGCAGAGAUAAUACUGUUCAGUUUACCGAAUCGGCCGUAUUGCCCACCCUCUAUUUACAAAUUCUGCACAAAUUAGUCUGUCUAAAUCAGGUCAGCACAGCCUAAGUCCGUCAUGGAAUUCACGGCACGCAAACGCCGAUGACAAUUAAAAGAGUAAAAUGCAUGGUCAGUUGGAGUGAAACUGGUUCAUAUCGAUUUUCCAACACCCACGUAGCAGCCAGCAUUCUGCGGAUACAUGGCCGGUCUACAUUGCUAGGUUCUUUGGCUAUAACUUGCAUGGGGAAGACGAUGCUCGAUUUAUGCAACAAAAAUGUCCAAGUUAUGGGCCAUAAGCAAAAUGACCGUGGACGCUUAUUUUAUCUCGUUCCUUAAUCAUCUCUGAUGCAGGCUGACCUAGGAAUAUGUCAGUUAUUUUUUGUAUAGAAUGCAUGAUUGACUGCUAUUUGCAAGUUUAGUUAAGUGCGGGUAGGUUGGACUUUGGGAAUACAUCAUCAAAAUAUAUUACAAUAUUUCGCCAUUUGCAAAAACCCGAAAUUAUUAGGCAUAAAAACAUAAAAACUUAAUUUCGUCUUCAUAGAAUGACGUCAAAUAAAUUAAAAUUUAAGUUCAACGAAUAUUCCCAUGCUACAAUUGAAAAGUUAAUUUGGCAAGCACGUGUUUUCGGUAACUCUUCAUCAGGCCAAAACAGUUACAUAGGAGUUUAAGUCAUGCGAAAUUACCAGGCAUAUAAGUGAUUCAGGGAUUAUUAGCACCCAUCGUUCACUUCUAAACCCUGUAACUUCGCAUAACUUAAACUUCUAUGUCACCGUUUUGGCCUAAUGAAGAGUUACUGGAAACACGUGUUUGCCAAAUUGAUUUUUCAAAUUAAAAUCUGAAAUAUUUGGCGUGCUCAGAUAAGACAUAAUUCUAAAUUGUGAUGCAUUCAGGUAUAUACAUAAAUUAAUACUGUUCUAGUGGACAAUCAUUAAGUGCCUUCUCACUACAAACAGGCUUCAAAUAGGACAAUAAGAAUCACGGGUUGACGAACAAGAUCCUGGUCACAAAAUGACCAAGUGCACAAUAAUAGGAAGAAGACGCUGAGGCAGCAGCCGUUCUCGGCAAACUCUUGCGAUCAGAGACACAAACGCGCCUGCUGACACUAUGCAGACAGUUUACAUAUGAACUCCAAUAGACGGAUCAGGAAAACCAGCAAAGGAUGCCCAUCCAUUCUACCGAUCAGGCAAGGUCUGGAUAGAAUAAUAAGGGUUACAACAAGCUACUAAAAUAUCAGAAGGCGAGGGUUAUGACAGGCCGUUUGAGUGGAUGAAUAGUCAAUAAAUAAGACCAUCUCAGCUCAUCAGGAUUUUGGGGUGUUCUCUAGAGUUCGUUAGUCGGUUAUUCACGCAAGUGGAGAAAGAAGGGGCAGUUAUGUGAGGCGGGAGAGCAUGGAUUUAUCAGAUGUGCCAAAAGGACCGUUUGUCAAGAUUAACAAUAUUUCAAGGCAAUUCUAAGGUAGCGCAUUUUAGCUUACUUCCUGAUAUUCUACAUUUAGACAUAAAUAUAGCCAUAUAUCUCUGUUUGUUUCAAAACUACAGCAAAGAACUCUCCAGUAUAUUAAUUUUAUGCUUCACAUGUGUCAAGCUACCCUAUUUGAUUUGUUACGUUUUGAGUAAGGAAUUUCCUUCAGCCUCGUUUCGGCAGAAGCGAUUCCUCACUUUUAUCAGUAAAUCCAAUAAGCGUUCUUAAAAACCGUUCAGUUUUACUGGAUCGUGCAAACGCCAGGAGCGUAAGUUACUUCAUCCGUCGACCGCUACACAACUGCUAGGUGCAUAUGCGUUAUUUUAAUGAACAACAUGGCCAAAACAGUCCUUUAUAAAUAAUGAAGCCUUGAUAAUCCAAAAAGCCACGCAUUAAGCCGUCAAUUUUCGAUAUAACCGCGAGGGUGGAAAAUAACUCAAUUUCUCUAUAUUACAUUUUAGGCCUGGUCUAAUACGGGAUACAGCGUAGGGCAAGGCGCUAUUCGCACCGACAAAAUUACUGGUGUUACAGAAUUCACAGAAAUAAAUGAACUAUUGGGGGGUUUUCGUUAGGCAUGUUUGCAUACAGAAAAUACUACUCUAGGGUUUUUAUAAUACUCUUUGGCGAAGAAGAUUUUUUGAGUUAAUUCACUCGGGAUGACAAGAUGGUUUUCAGCUGAGUGUUUUCCAGCUUAAUGUACAAUGCGUGACCGAUCUCACGGAAUGUUGUCUGAAAUUCUGAAAUGUGUUUUCGAUUAUGAAGUAUUACUUAAGUGGGGUUGUAACAUUGAUUCUCGGGCGGCAUAAUCCUGUGGUAUUUCUGAUUGGGUAGAAUGUCGGUUUUCGAAUGCACUUCGGUCGAAAAACGGUCAAAGAGAAGGUUAGGUAGGGAUCACGCACAAACAUGCAACCGCUUCACAUGCCCGCCUUGUGUGUCCCUACGACAAAGUUGGCUAGUUUGUUAGAAAUGAUGUCGUCUACAAAAUUCUCCAUGCAUGCCAUUUUUGAUGUAGAUUGCUUUAACCGAACUCAGAACUUUGCCUCCCCAUAUAUAUACAUAUAUAGGCAGAAUGGUAUUACCGACAAAGAUAAGGAAGACUGGAAUGGCCAUUUCUGGCUUAUUAGCCGUCGUCAGCCAGCCAUACCCAAGCCCGAAGUGUGGAACACCCGAGCCUCGAACUCGCGACCUGUUGGUUUAGAAGUCAACGCCUCUACUCACCGGGCCACGAGCCCGUUGCCUUGUCGGUUUUCGAUCGGGUGUUCCACACUUCGGGCUUGGGUAUGGCUGGCUGACGACGGCUAAUAAGCCAGAAAUGGCCAUUCCAGUCUCCCUUGUCUUUUUCGGUAAUACCAUUCUGCCUAUCUAUCAUGCGCCGCUGUGCGACUGCUGGUUGGGCUCGAGAGAGAGCCCUUAAGGCACAACGGAACGAGUGAAUUCCGUAUGAACGAUCGGUGAGCGCCCCCUAACAACAUAUACAUAUAUAAACAUCAGCUGAGAGUGGGAAGGUGUGACCAUCUACUUCAGAUGAACGUGUUCACACUGGAUAUUGGGAACACAUUUGCCUGGGGCUCACAUCGUUGCCGCCUGCCCAAAAUGGCAGGCUGCAAACUCGUGAGUUCAAUGCACUCAGAUAAAACACAUAAUUUGGAAUAUUGAUUUGUCCAUUGCGAGAAAAAGUGAUCAAAAUCAAGCCUGGCCCUGCUGCGACACUAUAGAUAUGCAUGGGGAGAAUGGCGUUUACCGAUCGAGUUAUGAGACUGCCUGUCCCUUGUGUCUUGGGGCUCAAUCUACAGUCCCUGCAGGCAGUCGCAUAGCAAGGAGCAAUACAUGCAGGAAGAAGUACCGACAAAGACAUGUAAAUCUGGGAUGGCUAUCUUUGGCUUAUAAGAUGUUGUCGGCCAAUUAUCAAUGACCCUGUGUUCGAAUGUCAGGCUAUUUCAACCUAGGGUUAGAUAUGACUGACUGAGAACAGCUAAUGGAUCAAAAAUAACCGCUUUGGUUUACCUUGUUUCUGUCGGUACUUCUUCCGGCAAGUACACGUACAGAGAAACUUGCGUUUCCACAUAUUUCUAAUGUUGGUUAAUUCCCUAAUACUUCUCUUUUAAGAAAAUAACUACGUAUUUAUUUGCAUAUUUCUCUGUCAUUUCUAACGCUCAGGAAAUUGGAUGAGAUUGGGGGCGAUAUACAAACCUUGUUACUAACACAAAUAAAGCUAUAGAUGAGAAUUUACACUAUAGUUCAUGUGAGAAGUUUCUGAAAAGCCCCAACUAGAGUUUAGAAACCGAGUAUUAUGCUCCCAUCAGCUGGUGUAUGUCAACAAAAUUUAUAUUCGCAACAUGUUCAUGGGUAAUUUAUUUGUUGUGUUUCCCUUCCAGAAAUCAAAAAACAGCGGUAACCAAAUGAGGAGACUCCAGAAAAGUGCUUAACACUAAGACACUUAUUAUAUAUUAUAUUGUUAACGCAGGUGGCCAAAAUAUUUCAACCCAGUCCCAACAUUUUUUCUAGCACGAACUUUAUGGCUAUUAUUUUCUAUAAAUUUAAGCCAUGUGUCGAUUCGAAGAUUUAAGGCUCAGAUAGUGUGUCGAUAGUCUCAACGUCAACUUUAUUACUGACCAGCUCACAUCAAAACCAAGUAGGAGACGGCAAAGCGUCUAAUCUAAAAUUUGACCUACACGACCGACUCCUGUCGGUUUCUCUCCCAUUGACUCCAGUUGUGAAAAAAUCCGUCCUUAGUCACCCUUCGGAACUGGUCUACUUAGUUACCGUCUUAGGUCGUCCUUCAAGUAGUCUGAACUUAGUAGACUUGGGGUCUCAACUGCGUCUUUGCUAUUUUUUCCUAAACUUUGACUUUUGGUUGACCACCCAUGCACGACACACCUGACAAAAAGCGUUUCUGCUGCCAACUUUGAGACAGGCGUCUUGUAAAAAGAGCUCCCCAAAAACUACAUCAAAUUGGCACGUAUACUAACUAGGACUAGAAACAUUCUGCUGUGGUUAUGCUUGGAAAUCGACCAAAUAUGGAACUAUAUGAGUUGCUUAGCCCGAUAACGACCUCUUCCUUAACAAUGAUUCAGAAAUUUCAUUUUCUCAUUAAGUCAUCGUAAAACUGUUCACGACUGAUUUAAUGACUAUUAAAAAACGGAAACUUUUCUGCACACUAACAGCCUGGGAUAACUGAGUUCAAAGUCCUCUGGCAUGGAAUAGGACUAUGGGCAGCGGUCAAAAAUUGUUUUCCGUAAAACUUUCUUACCCAUCGAAAAUGGUGCUAAUUCUGAAUUUAUUUUCCAGAGCUCAGAAAUCGUAGUGGGAUCCUGACUUAUCCCUUCUGGGCAAGUUUCGUUGAUUUUGACUAAAAUAUCCAAUAAAAUUUCUCAAUAAGGCAAAAAGGUGUUAACAAAAGAAUUGAAAAUAUGCAACUUGUCUUAAUUAGUUUUCACCUGUUCAUCUGAGCGCUGACGUAACGAAUAUUGGCUGCACUGGAAAAUGCCCAGCGAUGUGAAUUUUAUUUCCUUUAAUAUUAAUGCAGAGAAGCUCAAGUGUGAAAGGGAGACUUACGACUUUAGUUACGUUUCCUUUAUUCAUUUCAGUGUCGUCUAGGUAAUGGGAGCUUAGGCGCGCAUGACAUUCUUACUUUUAAUCUGCAUGCUGGGCAGGGCAAUUAAACUAUCCUUCUUAUUCUACCUUUGGGUUUGUUUUUGCAUUCAUCAAGAAAUUGUGAUAUUUUUAGUACGAAAAGAAGGUUAAAUACCAACCAAAAAUUUACAAAAAAUGCGUUUGUCAAAUGCCACGUUAUUUAUUAUAACGUUAAAGAAAUCAUGAGUUGACCGUGAGAGUGUUUUUGAAGCAGAGCGAAUUUCCGUUUCAAAGAUGUGCAUUACAUUUAAUGGCAACUCAUUACCAACAGCUAGAAAUGAAUAAAAUGACCUCUAUCGACAACAAUAAGGAGCACAUGUCCGAAAACGUUUUAACUGUCGGUACACAAUAGGAUGGAGGGCGACCCUUACGCAAUAUAUUCUGCUGAAAACUUGUCUUAAGAAGAAAAUUAGCGUUAGCGGACGAGGUUAACUGCUCUGAAGCAUGCGAAAAGUUAGCGUUGUACAGAAGCCCACUAUGUUUCGACAUCUCAGACAAACUACGAGACCAUAGUUGAGGGCCGGUUCCCAACUCAUCAACCAGUUAAAUAGUCCAUCACUGAAAAUUCGCGGGCUUCGGAAGUUGCUAACCGGAUAGCCCUUUUGUCGACAAAUCAUCAGUUUCAUGACUCAAAACUCGAUUUACAGACUUAAAUUGACACGAUUUGGCUCCUACUGACAUUUGGUUAUUCGCAGAUAUAUCAAACGCAGGAGAUGAUAACUAACAAGUUUUGACAGAUAGGUUUGGCAGACAGACUGCUAAGGGAAAGUCAUGACAAUGAUAUGCACUUUAACCCAUAAAAUAAAAUACAAACAUGAAAUGUACCAUGAAAUGAGAAAUAUAAGUCAGGUAAAGAUUAAAUGUUGAUUAUCGAUAGGCAUAGCCAUAAAUUCCCUCAUUGAUAAUAUCAUUUUGGUCUACUACGAUGAUCCGUUUCCAGCUUUUCAGUAAAAAUCCAGGAAGAUUCAAUAAAUUAAUUACAAAUAUUCAUGUAAAGUAAACCAUGCUCGCUUAAAAUGAUUUGCAAAACUCUUCCGUUGGACUCUUAUUUUGUACGGAUUAAUGCCCUCAACAAAUUUGGAUCUUGAGUUUAUAAAUUAUCUUUGCAUGCAAAACGUGUCAUUACUAUGACCUCAUACCCACAAGACGACUAAGGAUGCUUGCAAUCUAUGCAGUGCGAUCCGACUCGAUUGCUGCAGUUAAUUAUUUUCAGAAGACUCAUAUACGGAAACAUAAAGGAAGCUUUGAAUUGUAUUGUAUGGGAGAUUAACUGCAAGCAAUAGAAACAGGCGAUCGCGCAUGUUACUUUCCAGAGCGUAAAGGACUUAAUAAACUGUGGAAUUGUAGGGGCACGCCCACCGAUCGCGUUAGGGGAUAAACUCGUCCCGUUGUUUCCCGCCGCUCAUUCUCGAGUCCCGUCAACAACCGCAUGGCGGCUAGUAGUAUAGGCAAAAUAACGUUCCUAACAAAGACAUGGGGGAAUCGGACUGAACACAUCUGGCAUAUUGGCCGUCAUUAGCCGGCAAACCCUGAGGCUCGAUCUCGCGACCUGUCUGUUAGAAGACCAACUCCCUGACUAUUGAACCGCAGGCUCGCAGUCCUGUCGGUUUGCGAUCCGGCACGUACAAUGGUGGAGGGAUGCCUACUGAUCGCGUUACGAGGCACGCUUGUCUUUGUCGUAAUGUUAUUCUGCCCACAUUGCUAGCCGUUAGGCGCCCGCUGGCGACGUUCGGGAGUGGGCCCCAAGGAAUAAGGAGGGACGAGUGCGUCCCGUAACGCGAUUGACGAGAGUCCCUCUACCAGUGUCUAUACCCAAUUUCAACCGACAGAACAGUAAGCCCGUUGGCUAGUGCGCCGGACUUCUAACCAACAAGUCACGGGGUGGAGCCUAAGGGAUUAGAUACGCCUGGAUGAUGACGGUUAAUAGGCCAAAAAUGACCAGUCCGAUCUCCCUUGUCCUUGUCGGUCGUGUUGUUUUUGCCUAAACUGUUGAAAUCCGAACUAUCCUCCGUAUUCAAAUAACAACCGAAUGAAGAACUGAAAUUUUAUUCCCAAAUUACAGUAAAUAUGACAGGAGAUAUAUCAGCGUUGAAACCAAAUAGCAAAGCAUGGACUGUUCGUGUAAUUUAGUUCAUUGUGAUGGACGCACUUGACUGAAAGUCUCGUCGCCUCAUGUUAGACGUAGAAAUAGCCCUGAGCGUUCUUUGUGAGCCCAUCAGUCUUCAGUCCCUUUAGGUAAUAGUCUGCAACUGAAGGUAGCAUUAUUUAGCAUUUUCAUUGAUUUUUUAGGUAUUUCAAGGUCUACUAUAUAGAUGCGUAAGAGAUUUUGCCUUAUAAUCAUACCGUAGAAACUACAAUUUAAUCAGUGAAUGAAGUAGGAUGAAAGGUGACCAGUCGUGAAUAAGUGGCCUCGAUUGUCAUUCAAGUCGCUCAUAUGCAGGACGUCGCGGAUAUUUUUCCAAACGUAUUUUUUCAUAUAUUUUUCGAAACUGAAUACCUAACUGGGAAGACCUUGGUGACCAUGGUAAGAAGGGCAUGAUUGGGGUAAAAUCGACGCUCUAACCAGCUGACUUAAGAGAUUCCUAUUGAGAUCCUUAAGUUCUGUUUGUUCGGACUAAUCUACCGUAACACAUCGAAGUCACUAAUUUUAAAAAAAUAGACUGACUACCUGAACAACUGACUCAGUAUCCGCCAGAUGGUUUCCAAAAAUUAUAAUUAGCAGGUCUUUGGCCGAUUUAAGCAAUCUAAAUGAAUACGCAUACGCGGUUGUACACAAAUCUCGACUUUUCUCUCGCCCGGGCUGGGAUUUCUGGCUAAGCAGAAUCAGCGACCGUUGCACAUAUCACUACCGGUGCGUGUUUCAGAAGCAGAAGAGGGCUGUCAGCAGGCGGUUGGAGUUCAUAAUGAAAAACAUAAAGCAUGGCAGGAUACGAUGGCCGGGUAUCCAUACUACAGGCAAUAGUUGCAAUGACAGCUUGGACUACUGCACAAAGCUAUAGGAAGAAACGCCUUUACCGAAUUACGGGAUCCGAGAUCCGUCUCACCAUCAUCAUAGCUGUUAGAUCAGCGGUCUAGGCGUCGCGUUGAUAAAAAUCGAUGUUUUAUUCUUGCCAUUUGCUGACGAAUUAGUCAUAGCAAAGAAACAUUUCGUGCGCUCUUUGGAGGAUCAACACGAACGUUAAGAUGUGUUUUGACUCCGGCUUGUUUUCUCAGUCAUGGUCCGUGCAUGCAGGGGACGGUAGUUACACCCCACUUUAUUCUAGUUGAGAGAAGUGUUAUGCCACUUUUUCAAAUUUUCUCAAUGAUAUAGCUGCAGCUCAGGAAAGAAAAACUUCAUACCUAAGUCGCAGACAUUUUAGUCCACUCAAUAGUGACGCAUGCGAAAAGGACCUGGUAUAAACUGGUGUUUUUCCUGUCAGAACAAAACAGUCGGAUACUAUUGAUAGAUCGCUGCCAAACAAUAAAAAACGAAUAUUAUUGAACCAUACCAAUUGAGAAAAGGGGACGAAGUUCUCUAUUCGUAGUUUGUGCAUGCGCUUUUCGCCUUUCCCCACCAUCACUAAUUUGGGAAUCAUUGCAGGCUGACACGCUGCCUUCUAUGAUCUGACGUCGAUAGGUACCGUCCUCCAGACAAGCGCAGUAUUAAGGACUCAGAGUCAGACUAGGAAUGUCCUUCAUUGCGGAUAUGAUAACUGGACUAGUGAAGCCCACUUCAGUCGGUAUGGGGACCAGCACAUAUUUGGCACGCUAGAGGGGAAGGUGAAUGACUGAGCAGUCACGGUAUCGACGCUUAAUCUUUGGUCCUCUUGGCACUGAAACAUUAACACUAAGGGAGAGAUGGUGGGUGUGAUGCCUUUGAAAUUAUUCAUUACUAAAAGUGCGCGUCCUUUGGCCCGUAUGGUCGCCUCCCCGCCACCAACGAACUUAUGGCUGUGAUUGAGGAUAAGUACGGUAAUGCGUGAGCAAUGCUGUAGACGUGUUUCUGGUCGUUUUUGAGUCAUACCACAACAGUCGGCUGAAGGCCUCGUCUUAAAUGCAUGCAUAUCGUAUGGCCCCGUAUCCAUAUAAAUUGAUGCCAUCAUCUACUAGUCAAGCACUUUUGCCAGUGAUAAAGUUCAAGUUCGUGAGGAAAAAUAAAAGGCUACCGUAUUAUUGAUUUUCGGCAGCGACCUACUCCUGCUCCCAAGUAGUAUGUCAUGUAAUUUCAAGACCGCAAUCAUGACGUUUUCUUCUUAUUACACAUAUUUUAACUACAGAUCAGGCUAUAUGCCAUUAUGUUCAUCUUGAACCGAGGCGGCCUUGAGCAUUUGCCUCAUCUGGCAUCUUCUAAUUUAGACCCUGUACUGGCGGCAGACACGUGGUCAAGAGGGCUCUUUUGAACCUGCUAGAUAUUGCUCGUCUAAGGUAAUCGCAUCCUUGGGUUGGCACUGAAAAAACGCGUGUUUUGGGAAGUUGAGCGUGAUGGUCCAGAUGAUUGCCUACAAGGUAUUGUAACGGUCCUGGUCCCGUGGACGACCUACUGAAGGUGGUGUUAUGGUUAUUUUGGACCAGGCAAUUAACUGAUGGAGUUGGGCACUCAACCAAAAUGCAAUAGCAUCUGCUACUGAAAUUAGAAUAGCAAGAGUUAGCGUUUUCUCGUUAUUCCAGAGGCAAGGGUAUUAGUACGCGAAGCAUACAGAAGUUAUGAGAGCUAAGUCAGCCAUUUCAAGGCUGGCACCAGCGAGAUUUCCUGCCAUGUUAGCAGCUUCCUCCAAUCAUAUCAUCAGUCGUUUUGAUCUAGUAUUUUCACUGGCAUGGGAUGAUGGUAGGAAUAGUGAUUUCCAUGUCGCUUGUGUCCAUCUUGAUACCAUCCAAUUAAUUCCGAAGCUAUAAAUGUUUUUUAGUUUCUGGUGGUCUCCGUCACAUUUUCCGGACUCCAGCACGCAUAACAGGUAAAUUAAGAUACGUGGGUACUGAAUUUUUUCGAAAUCGUGGCUCUCGGGUAUUCAGUUUUUCUCAGCUGAUGAAGCCCAGAUGUAUCUUUUACAAAUGUUUGCAUCAGAAACUCUGCCGAGUUGUAAUGGGUAAUGUUCUACGUUAAAACCUUCUCCUCCAUCACAGGCAUAUAUGCGGGAGAGUAUAAAAACGGCAUCCGGGAGGGCCUGGGUGUGCGAAAAUCUAUCCCUUACGGUGAGGUCCUUAGUUACUAUCCCGAGGCCCAAUCGGCUGCUAAUUCUUCAAAGCUCGAUGAACUUAAAAAACGCGGCAAGCUUCCUUCUAAGUCGCCAGAACUACGUCAUCGAGUCAGUUGUGUCAGCGACCGGUCUGGUGACGUGCCUUGCGACACCGAUCUCGACGAUGAUCCGAAUGAGAUUGACCCCGACGAAAGUGAUCCAGCUGCCGUCGUUAAGGUAGACGCUGAGCCCUACACUGCACCCUCUUCACGCUACAACGGCGGACUUCGGCGGGACCGUGAACAUGAAAUCCGUCUUUUGGCCACACGAUUCAAGUGCGGCUUCGUACUCACCUCCCGUCGUUCGGACCUCUUUAUCCGACGGAUACGGAAGUUGCAGUCGCCGAGGCGGAACCCUUUUGGCUGCCGGCCUGCCAGAGCAUCCAGUUCACGACGCACACGCACACAGUCCCUUUCGGAUCUGUUCCAACCGGAUGAGGGACUGCCCUCGCAGUGCUCCGGAUUUACUGGAAGCUGCAUGAAACAACUUCGCAGUUCAACCAUCUCUGUCCACAGUUCCCCACGUUCCCGGCAUAAAAAUCAGAUCGCCUCCGGUGAUAUGGUAAGCCAAUAGAGCCUUUUUGGGAACUGAGCAUUCCUCGCGCUUAGUGUAUUUUGUUCUGCUUAGAUUAAAAUCCUCUCCACCAAAUUUUUGUAAAAGUCCUAUUAUUUUAAAGAAUUAAUGUGGUUUGAUCCAAACGACUCUUUUAACUUAUACGUUAUAAAUGGCCAAACGGGUGGAUAUGUGAAAACUUGCAAAAGCUAAAGAAAAUUCCCACCCUUCGAGUAUUGUGUUAUUAUUUUUUUUCUAACAUUACCUUGAAGAAAUAAGCUAAACGAUCUGCUAUUCGAACUGCAAGGCCCCAGAAGACGACGCGAAGUUGAUCGCAUUUGAGUCAAGUUUGCCCGACCAACUUACUGCAACUUCUGGCGCCACGAAAUCUGAUACGGUAAGCUGGUUGCCCGCGCAGAAUUUUCUAAGUAAUACAUCUAGAGUCCACCAGAUUACUACCAGGCUCGCGUUAUUCAUAGGUGUUACGGCAGAUUUCAGAUAGUUUACUUUGACCAGACGUUGCAGUUAAUUGGGUGGUUAAAGUCGAUCCAAAUUCGAUUAGACUCGCGUCGUCUGGUGGGGCCUCGUAGCUCAGAUGGUUAGAGCGUUGGCUGUACUAAAGCCUCUGCUUGCUAUUGUGGUUUCGAAUCCCAUCGAGUUUUCACAGUUGGGUCAAAGUGAAGUUUUUGAAAUCUGUCAUAACGCCUAUGAAUAGCGUAACCCUGGUUGUCGUCUGGUGGAUUCUAGACUUAUUACUUAGGAAAGCCUGCUCGGACAGUUAUCUUACUGUAUCAGAUUUGGUGGUGCCAGACGUUGCAGUAAGUUUGGCGGGCAAACUUGAUCCAACUGCGACUAAAUUUGCAUCGUCCGGUGCGGCCUCGUAGCUCAGAUGGUAAGAGAGUUGGCUGUACUAAACUCUGUUAUUUUUCGCCCGACCAGAUCACCCUGAUCACGAGGUCUAACUUUUAACAUGGAAGAAUGAAUGAUGCAAUAAAUAAACACAAAUAGUUUGAACUUAUCUCAGCGAAUUGAAGCAGAUUCCUUUAAUAACGCUUGCAAGUUUAUUAGCCACACUUUAGGAAAUCAUCCGAAAUGCCGAAACAUGCCCAAGGAGCAGCCCCAACUGCUUCUCCCGCAAUUACCGUCCGAAAUCCUUAAAUUCACUGACAUCAUCCUAUAACACACCUGGAAAGUUGGAAUAAAUUGUUGGAAAUGACCUAUUUUCUGCCUGUUUCUGAUUGCUUGACCUACUGCCCAGCCCUGAAGUGCAAGGCAUAUUACUCGCCAGGUUAAUAUGGGGCGUCCGGCGUUUUACCGCCUUGUUCGGUUGCUUCCUCCUUGCUGCUGCGACUGGCUGCGUGGAUAAUUUAUGGUCUGCACAGCUGUGAGGAUUCUAACCGGUCCUCCUUCCUUUCUAAAUCAGCCUAUUUCAUGUGUGAUUGCUAACGUAGACAUGUUUCUGCGGCUAGAAAAAUACCUCUGGCGGGAUUGGUUACGAGUUUUCAAAAAGGUGAUUAGUUGUGGUCGGAAGUCGUUUCUGAAAUUUCAGGCUAACGCGGACACGCGUCAAUGAACAAAAACGUAUAGGUAAGGAGCGGAGUGUUCGGGAAAACAUUCGUAAUGGACAUAACGAUCAGCAGAGCAGCUCCUUCUAACUGACUCACGAAAUCAGGAAAUGAAAAUCCACCUUAGACUUUUGUGACAAAUUCAGUGUUACCACUGAAAUGGUCCUUCGCCUGCAUUUGGCUUAUAAGGGCGGUGUGAAUGGCGUUUAUUUAAGACGAGGAUUCAGGGGAACGUACGUUGCUGCGCCAAGCAGGCAAUCGCGAUUGGAGGGUUCUGAAAAAUUAAUCUUUGUGGGUUCCUGGAAGGUCGUCUCCGGCUACGGUGACUUACCCCGAAAAUACUUCCGGAUAUGGGUAAUACUGCAAUGAAUUCGCCCUAUAUUUUGCUCCGUGAUUUAAAUAUCUUUUGGAUCUAAAGGAUAUGAGACUAUUACUGAGAAAGGUGUAUUCACGGUCUGACUUCUCGCUUAGCAGAUCAGAAUACUUAUCCUAAGAUAUUAGAUUUUCCGUGCUCAGUCCGAAUUCUAAAACUUGUGAACCACGUUUGAUGCCGCGCUUGUCACAUUCCUUGUCAAUCUCGUCUGUUGGUGAGUCCUGCCAUCCUGACACCCGUCUUCACUACUUCGUUCACUUGUCUACUAUACGUCCGCACAUAUUGUUUCGUCCGUCCUUGAGCUUUUUUCUUUCGUUAAGUGGUGACAAAAAGCCGCACGAACCACAGGAAGAUAAAUAUGGUGGUUGGCUGGGUUAUCAUUCAACAGCUCUCACGCAUGUGAGAAGUGUGUGUUUCAUGGUUAGUGGCUCUCAGAAAAUGACUGACUGUUAACUCGGGCUUUGAAGGGUAGUGACGCAGGCUCAGUGCAGGCCUGCAUGUCACUCUUCUGGGCCUUAAGGAUUGUUAGUGUCCGCUAUGAAAUGCUCCAGCAAACCAUGGUUCUCGCGCUGAAAGUUCUCUGGCACAUGGUUCCCUACCGGUGGAUGCGCUUGCGCUCUCGCAAGGUAUGCAGGUCGUGAGCAUAUUUGUCCAAUCAUCCUCCUCUCUCUGACCCGUUAUUUUGCUGUUGUUGGCCAAACGCCUGGUCAAGUGUUUUUUGUGGACCACGGGGUGUGGUGGUACGUUGAGGUGCGGGUCCGGCCCUUCCAGCCACCUGCGCCCUCUUCCGCCGCCGUUCUUUUCGACUUGUCUUGACACCGGCACCGGACAGGGCGGAGCAGAGGGUGUGGUAUACGCGGCGCAAGUCCAUUCUCACUAUAAUAUUCGCGCAAGUCACCGUGCCUGCUUUACCUUGCUGCGGAGCAGACGGUAGACAUCGUCGGGGACGACGGUCGGGCCGUCGUCAUUCGAUAGCUGUACGCCUUGCAGACGCCCUGUCGUGCGGUUAUCUCGCCAGCCCACAACUUCGACUGCACGACGUUCACGUCGUUCAGUUUGGACAGUAUGAGCCGCUACUGGUCUAAACCAACCGCCAGUUUUCUCUUGUGCCUACUCGUUUCUUACCAUAUCUAUUUAUAUUACUUAUCCACCAGUACCGAAUUUUCAUUGCAGCCGACAUAGGGUGGAUGACAUCUCUCCGUAAGGAAUGAGACCUCCCAGGCAUAUCAGAUGCCAAAUCUGCAGAUGCGAGAUAGUAGGGCGGAAGGAAAACCGUGGAACCACUGACGCUGGUUAUGGCGAACUACAUGUUAUAGCGUGAUGCAUGUGUUGAAGUUGGGAUGGGUGAUACACGGAUAGUUGGCCAAGAACCUCCGGAACUAAGGAAUUGGGUGGAGGUUCUGGACGACAACUUGACCGGCUUACUCGAUGGAAUGAUGUCCCUGAUAACGACAGAUGCUGUCUGGUCACAAAGACAAAAUUGCAGCAGCCGAGAACACAUUUUAAAUGGACAAGAAUGACAUCGGAUCAGCUACAACACAGACUCGGGAACAGCCCCCGGACAGGGGGAACGAGAACCAAAGAGGACAUCGGAGGCGUUGACGACCUGAAAAAAAAGACCAAAUUUGGAAGACUGAAGGUCGGCUGUUGUUGGUGGAAUAACACUGAAAGGUGCACCAGUGUCGAUUAUGGUUAUUGUAAAAGUAAAAGUUGCGUCAGGGAAUUUAGUUGUCAGGGAGAUUGGUCACAUCGGCCCUGAGACCGGUCUAGUUGGUGGUGGCGAGAUCCCAGUUACUAGUCCCCCAAAUCCAAACUAUUGGACACGGAAAUGACAGUAAAGUUUAAACCGUAACAAUGAGCAAACAACGAACGCUUAGAUUGCAAAACUCUGAUCGUUUCCGUGGUAGAGUUUAAACACGCGUACGUGAAAAUCAAGGGGAAAACGACCGACCAUAUCAUUUAAAAUGCAUCAUUUUAGGAUGCGCUCGUCGAGCAACAACAGAUAGGCUAAGCGGAACAGUGGCUGUGAUUCCACAAUGAUAAAUUUCAGCUUCUGGAAAAAGCAGUACGUAAUCUCACAUGUAGGCAGAGUGCGGAGUGUGAGCGCUAAGUAAAAUAUGGCGGUUGAUAAGUCUAACAAUUGGAAACCAUGGGUACUUGUUGUCUUUUAUUUAGAUGCCUCCAAGUUCCUUUGCUUAGGUCGGGACUCUGUUCCUCAUUCAAAUUAGCCGCACCAAGCAGUCCGCAUCGUGAGUGUUGUGCUGUAACAUUUGGUUUGAUGGUUUGCUCUGUGUAGAACAACGAUCAGCAUUCCUUCAUCGGCAAAGGAAAUUACCGUUGCGGUACUGAGACCUUAUCCCAUUUUUGUAUUCCCCCCCCAUCCCUGAUUAGCGCGUGGGCUAACUGACGUUGAUGGAUGAAGUGGUAAACCCAAAUAGCUAGAGAGCUGCGAUCCGCGCCGAUCAAAGUGGAAGAAGACCCGACAACUGCUUCACAUGCUAAGGAGAAUAGAAUAUGUUACGAAUGACUCAUUGACUUUAACCUGCGUCCGACAAAUAGCCAUAGUCACUUUCUAAGGCAGUCAGGCCAUAAAAAUUGUCAUGGUUAAACAUCAAAAUAAGCAAUCUUACAGCAGCCACCUCCUGGAGUAAACAAUUCGGCUUCUCCCUUGGCAGCUGUCCAAAAAGCGAUAACCCUCAAAAGUAUCAUCCACCUCUGCAUCGUUCUACGGUCUUUUGUACUCCAAUAACCUGCCGACCUUUUUAAGUCAACCUCACUGAACCUAUGUGUUUACCCGCAUAUUAGACCAUUUUAAGUACGUGCUUACAAUGUCUUCUAAUAGCUGGAACUGGACCUUGUCUCUGACGAUACCAUCGAGGUGUACUCCGGAGAAUGGCUGUCCGAUACUAGGCAUGGAUUUGGUGUCUGUGAACGUACUGAUGGCCUGGCCUAUUGCGGACAGUGGUUCAAGAAUCAACGUCACGGCCUCGGGCAAACCCGCUUCCAAGACGGGACCUUUGAGCAGGGUCGCUAUCAUAAUGGUAAACUGGUGUUCCUUGCACUGCCAAUUGGAAGCAAACCACAUCUGGCCCUCUACAACUACCACAUGAUGCGCGAGAUACAUUUAGUCCUAGAGAGGGCACGAACCGCAAGUGAGGCUGCCCACAAAAAGGCAAUCGAGGCCAGAGAGCAGUGAGUUUAAAAACAUUCAUUUAUUGUUGUUUUCGGUCAAUUUUAUUACGUGGAUUGCACAACAUCACACCCCACUACAACUUAGAUUGGCGGAAACGUUUUAUGGAGGCAGCGGAAUAAAGGACCAACAGUGCAGUUAAAAUCAGUGUCGUAAUACCUACAGUAGGCAGGCUAAAUCAUGAAAUGUCAUCCAAAAUUUCGAAAUGCGUGUUCUUUUCGAAAAGAUUAAUUAAAUAGUAAUGUAAAAUUAAUCGUCUUGCAGCAAAAUUCUAUAAUAACUCAGCUACCGCACGAUGCUGGCUUUCGAGCGAACAUUUUCCGGCUGUAUGUAAACAUUAUACUCUGUAAAAAAUGGACACUCAAGUAGUAUGCCUUUUUCCUCAUUGAUUUUCGAAGCCCUCAAAAAUUAGAUAAUAUUUCAUAUUAAAAAAUGCUUUAAAAUAUUUAGUCUUUUACUAAUUCGGUAGAAACGUAUGUCUUCUUCCGAUGACAUACUCGAGAAAGGGCAUAAUACAGUCUUCAAAAAUGUAUAAUUGUGAGAUUUUUUUAUACCCCGAAAUGGCUGUUCAUAAAACGUCGGGGAUCGGAAAACUUUUUGAAAACUGAAUUAUACCCUUCCUUCAGGUACAAAAUUGGAAGAAGACAGCAUUUUCUACCGAAUGAGCAAAUAAUGAAUAUUUUUAUUCACUUUUUCUGUGACAUAUAAUGAAAUUUGUAAGGCCAUCGAAAAUAAAUGAGAAAAAUGCAUGCUACUUAAGUGGCCACUUUUUACAGAGUAUAGUGUUUGUAUGCAGCCGGAAAAUGUACGCUCGAAAGCCAGCAUCCUGUGGUAACUGAGUUUUCAUAGAAUUAAGCUGCACGAUGAUUAAAUUUACAACAUUAUUUAAUUAAUCUUUUCGAAACGAACACGCAUUUCGGAAUUUCGGUUGACAUUUCAUGAGUUAGUCCCCCUGCUAUACCACUACAAAACUAAUAUGCAAACCUCAAUGGUUUCGGAUACCGGACUGCCAAACAAGGUCUACAGUAUUCAGUCAUAAGCUACCACAUAACUGGGUAACAUCUUGAUCGUCCUUCCACUGGAAACGCAAACGCAAUGGUACGAAUUAAGGCUAAGGUUGGAGUUUCAGGUGUAUGUUUGGAUGGGAAAGAAGACUAGCCGAGGGCCAGAACAAUUUGUUUGUUUUUCAGAACUUUCACCGUUUUGCAGGAUCCUAUCUUUUCAGCGUAAACGUUCCAACAAAUAACCCCGAGUAAAUAAUAUCGGAUAUUUCUAAUUUUUUUUAUCUUAGCCACUGUUACAACGACGUAAACUAACGAAAUUAGACUUUCAAUCGAACUUUUCUAUGACUGCAUGUACGGGCAUUCAUUAUUUAACUAGUACGUAAGUGAUACCUAUUUGAGUAUAUCGAAAAUAGCCGUCAACACGGAUAAGUUAUAUUGAAGGCGUGACUACUUGUAAGUCGGAAGUUAAAUGUGCAUGCACCUCAGAACUUGCGGCUGGCUAUGACCGCCUGACAAAAACUAAUAAGCCUGAAAUGGCUAUUUCGGCUUCUCUAGACAAUUGUAGACUUCCCACGUUCUUCAUGCGGUUUCGGGCAUAUGAACUCCAAAGAGAAUUCAAACUAAUAACUUCAGCAAUUAUCUACUUGAUUGAUGGUGGGAAUUUAUGAACUUUGGUUCGGUUAAGUGCUUAUUACUCAUCUGAUAGACCCUGGUAGUGGGCUAUAUUAGUCAUGUAUGUGUGCGCGUGUUUGUUUCCGUUCUCGUGAAUGUAUGUAUGAAGGAACACUGACAAAGCCAAAUUAGAGUAGAAUUGCAAUUUCUGCCUUUUGUGCAAAUUCCUUCUUGUGUCAUCAUUGGUUGUUAUCGACUGUGUGCGAGGACUAUGGAACGAACCCCAAGGUGCAUUGAGGGAGCAUUUCCAGUAACCGGAUCAUUUGAUGUCCAUUCCACGAUAUAAUAUGAAUGUUUGAAGUUAUCCUAGUCAGCCAAAAACCUAUUAUUUACCUAUUUUCAGGAGCGAGGAAAUGACUUCUGUCUACGUGACUGGCAAUGUAUUGGAAACCGAUUUUUUCCACAAUGCCUGUUUUUUGCAGCCACCGAUGUGUAAAUACAUAGAACGUGCUCUUCUCCGAGUAGGCUGAAAAGCAGAUCUUUAGACAUUUUGGUUGGGCCACUAAGUUGCUCAGUGUUUAGCCAUAUUUUCAAGACAGCAUUUAGUGAAAGAGUUGAAAGGAAGUCGGUUAAUCUUAUAUCUGCAAAUUUAUCAGGAAGAAGAUAAGUCGGGACGGUUAAAUAAACAAAGCACUGUCACCUGUUACCUCUGGUUCGUCGAAUCUUCUCCCGUUUAAUGUUAAUAUUGUAACCAGGGUGUCGAGGUUUGAGCCUUUGGGGGUUGUCUGUGACAACGCCCUUCCCUUAUGAUAACCGUUAACCUCGAAGUAUGGUAGUGCGUCACAUGAAUCCACACUCAUGGAUAAGGAAGCGUUGCUAAAGGAGGAAGACUUAUGAUCCUAAAGGGACAAACCAUUGCUACCCAAUAAAGAAUACGUUUAUUUGGAGUGACAGAGUUGAGAAAAGUGACUCACUUGAAUGAAAAUAGCUAAUAGUUUACACCGACAAGAGUUGUUUGUUGGCGUUCAUCAGGAACUCGCGAAGACCACACCACUAUCUGAUCAAACAGUGGGUCUUUUGAAUUCUGAGCCAGAUGAAUGAUCAUUGACGAUGAUAAAAAGGAGUGAAUAACAGGUAAAAAAAUCGGAUUAGUUCGAUCACGCAGCCGUGGCAUGUCUCAGCAAGAACGACAGCAUUUUCACGGGGUGAGACUAAUGCAAUUUUCCACGGUUUAAUCCCUUUACAUUGAUCCGUGACCUACGUAUUUCACCCGUUUCCCCUCUCAUUCUUCAGAGUGAGUAGCACUAUAUUGGACUACGUGGAGAAGGCGAAGGCCGCAGCAGCUACAGCAAGUGAAUAUUCACUGGAAGCCCGGGAGCUUGUUCGCGAAAUGUAUCCAGAUUUUGAGCAACCAGGCAAGUUUUCUCUUACUGGAAAGAAGUUGUAGGAAGCUGAUGUUAACUAUGAAUUACGGAAAAUUUGGGGUCCAUCCUUCGUGUACUACUUUUUAAUAGCUAACCUUCCUGGUCAGGGGAUGCUUUCUAGAUACAGGGAUAACCGGUCAUGUUUAUUGUAAAUUUUCUGCAAAAUAGUAACUGCCUUUAAUAGGCCUGAACUACGCACCUUGCACCCAAGACAUAGAGUGAGUGAUCGAUCUCAUGAAAUGUUGGGUGAAAUUCUGAAAUGUGUUUUCCAUUAACAAAGAUUACCUGGGCGCGGUUGCAAUACUUAUUAUCUUACAGCAUAAUCUUAUAACAUUUCGGACUUGGCAGGAUGUCAGCUUUUGAAUACACUGCUUUUCAAUCUACUCUAGAAACCGUACUGUGUAAAAAUGACUAAUUAUUUGGCUUGCAUUUUUCCAAUUGAUUUUCGAUGGCCUUGCAAAUUCAAAUACAUGAAUUUGCUUUCUUUCAGUAAAUUCGUUGCAUUGGCGUUUAGUGAUUUUAGUUUGCAAUUUGCCUGCGUUUCGCGCAAAGAAAAUCACAUAUUCUUCUUUGCCAUUAUAAAGGUAGCAUGCAGAGUCCAUGAAAUUUUGCAAUUUAUGCGGAUUAUUUUGCACAUUUCAUGAGGAGCAGUGGUAAACGGCCAGGUACGAUGCUAUGUGAAUGGACAUUUCACGGUCUUAAAAAGUCUCAUAAUUAGAAACUUUGUUAAAACCUAAUUAUACUCCUUCCUUGAGUUUACAAUAUGAGAAAGUCGUGAUUCUCUAUUAAUUGACUGAAAGAAAGCAUAUUUUUGUUUGUGGUUUUUAUAAGAUAUAUUUGAAUUUGCAAGACCAUCGAAAAUCAAUGGGAAAAAUGCGUGCUGCACAAGUAGUCAUUUUUGCCGAAUACCGUUUCCACAGGAGACUGAAAAGUAGUGUAUUCAAAAGCUGACAUCCUGCCAAGUCCGAAAUGUUAUAAGAUUAUGCCGCAUGAUAAUAAUAAUUACAACCGCGCCCAAGUACUCUUUCUUGAUGGAAAACACAUUUCAGAAUUUCAGCUAACAACAGCAAGUGUCAUUUAACUGGCUGCUGCGGUGAGAGGAAUAAAGAUCGCUAAUAAGCAGAGUACUUUAACCAACGGAAAGUUCUGAGCAACAGUGGGCCACUGGUGCAGUAGUGGACAUAUGGCGGUAAUAGCACAAGCGGAAAUCUUUGUGAAAAUGGAAGCAAACCUUUGAAGCUACAGGCCACUGGAAAACUUCAAGAGAAUAGGUUCAGCUUAACUUGUAAAAGUGCACUUAAAUGGAAGCAUUUGCGUCAGGGAAUCACAGCAAAAACCCUUAGCAGUGUCACUUCACAUUGUAUUCCAAGCAUGGCGGCGGGAAUCGUGAGACAAUAGUACUCAAACAUCAGCUUCUGUUGCAUAUUUCUAGAGACAAUGAGAAGAACCCAAUCAAGGAUUAUUCACCUCUUAAAAAUCCAUAUAAUUACUUUAAGAGAAAGUCCCUAUGCGAACUGCCUGUAGUAUCAGUUUUGAAGUAAAAUAUCGGAUUGAAACCGAAAAAGAGGUGGUUCAUACAUUCUGCUGUUCUUCCUUUUAGAUUAUAUUUAGCAUGGAGGGUAUAUCAUUUUUUAUAGAGGACGUUUAUUAAAGAAUUGACAUUUUCCCCUGCGUAAUUUGCGUGCAGGAGAAAGGACGCACGUUCCCUUCCAUCUUUUAGCCUGAAAUGAAUACUACGGUUUUCCUUCCCCUUACCGAUAACGGACAUUAACUGCAGACAUUCCUCAAGGAGUUCCGAGUAUAGAGAAAAGGCUACUUAUUCCAGACAUAGUAUCCUAAGUGGCUAGUUGAUUUCCAGAUAGAAUGGCAGCAUAACAUGGUUGACCUAAUAAAAUUGGGCUACUCUAGUUUGUAUUCGUUAGGUUGGAUGCAUGAAUUUUUUGAAAAAAAUUGGCCAACACACGCAUGCUUUCGAUAAAUCCUCUUCAGACCUCUACUUUUACCUUGUUAUUGAAGUAAUGAAAGAAAAGAUGUGGGUAAAGAGAUAAUUAUGCUGUAGCUCGGGUUUGGAGAACGAGAGUGGGACACCAGAGUUCCAGUCAGCGUCAGGGGAUAAUGAGCACCGGGUGGCUUUGGGUCAUAGCAACUGCUGUGCGCAGAGGACUGGUUUGCGUAAUCUGAUUUUAGCAGCCUGUGACGCUAUCCUUGUUGUUUUGGGUAGCUUAACGAGAUCUUCAAAUCGGGAGGCCUCUCGGUGGUCUGGGUCAACCAUGCGCCAGAGAAUAGAACUGUUAACGCUCUUUAUUCGACCCUUUCCUAACCAUGCUAUAAGGUCUCUCUUAUUCUUUUGGGCAAACGCCAGCUCAUCGCGGUCAUGUUUUAAUCAUAAAUCGAUCUGUGUCCCCAUUCUGGCAAAGACCUUCGACAAUUUAAGGCUCUCUCGGUGCAAUUAGCCGGGUGAAUCCUUCUCACCUUUCUCUUUCAAACAGCGGACUAAAGUACACCUCAUAUUUAGCGAGGCGCAACUCCCAAAAUUGGUGUAUCGCUCGGUUGUCAAGACGUGACAAGCGUAUAAGCCGCGAGCUGCUUCUGCCAUGGUUCUCGGACCCACAGCCAAUUAACAAGCGCAAUGAUCUCCCGCCUACAUAUUCUGUGCUGGGACGGCCUGGACACAGUAAUUAGCAACCCGGGAGAAUGCAGGCGAUCGUCAAUUCCAGCGACAGCGUGCCAAAUGGUUGAGUAAUUAACACCCCAAGGAUCAGCAAAGGGGGCGCAACCAUGUACAUUAAUGACUUGGGUGCGAACUAACAAGCAAUCGUCGAAUGAAAUACGUCUCCGGAGAGGGAGGCGGGUGCUGUUAAUUAUGCUAGGCGUGUGGUUGCAAGGCCAUUCCGUCUUAUGAAUACUGCUCUCCUUUUGUCUCCUUUUCCCUCAUGUGCCACCGCCUCUAAUCCCGGGUUCGAAUAGGAAUCCGUAAAGUCAGACCAUGAAACUUCCAAUUCCAGCUAUUGCAUCUUCUUCUUCUGAACACACAGGUUUCUUUAUCGUUACUGACCAGUUAUAUAGACGUUUGGGGGGGGGAAGCGACCUAGAGUUCCCAGAGUAUAGCUCCGCCACUGACAGAAAAUUACAACUGGUCAGAAAUGUGACCUUGUUGAGAACAUGUGAACGCCGCGUAUACUAAGAAAAGUGCCUCCCUCAUAAUAAAAUGCAUCUAACUGCGUUUCACUCAUGCAUUAUUAGUCACCAUGCUGUCGACGAUGGUUCUCGAGUCUAGGGUGCGCCAUCAGCCGAAGAUGAUUCACCGAUCGCGCCAACUUGUAGUGUACUUUAGACAACUAACUGACCUAGAUAAUUCGGAAGGGUAACUAACACGUCUUCCCGUCGUCCAGGUGUCAAGUACCUGGAGGACAUCGUGAGAAUGAUGCGCGUCAGCCGGCGCGGCAGCCCUACUUUUGAAGCAGCUCUGCAGUCCGCGAAGGACGUGAUUGCAGGAGUGAUCCGCGGUCUGACGCGCACAGGUGACGAAGACUCGGAGGAGGAAGAACUGCAGCCUCAGGAAGACCUCACCUUGCCACCAAAGUUCAGUUUCCAGAUCAAUGCGAAUCAGAAAAACGACAAGAAGCCUAUCUCACGGGCGGGCUCCCUGAGAGAACAACGACGGGCGCGCCUGGCGAAGAUGCAAGAGCAACAGAAAAAGCUCCAACGCAUGCAACAGCAAAGGCUACUAAAAGAACAACAGCAACAGAUGCAAGGGGAGGUAGGCAAGUCUGUGCUGUUUAUCCUUCUUGAUUAAAGGUGCAGAUUUGUGCCAUUCGUAUGCAGUCAGUCUGAUAUAAAUAUUAAACUGACUCGUAUCUCAUUUGCCCGUCGCACUCCACCGUCAUUGGCAGGUCCAUGUUUCCGAAACAUAAGAUAAUGUGACUUCCACACAGACAGUAAUAAGACUUUUUCCGAAAUUAUUUGUCGCACGAAAAUAUCAAAUUCCCUCCAGCUUCCGCCUAAUGUUGGACCGCACCCACUCCAGAAUUAUUUUAAUUCUCAUAAGCUGGUACUCGCAAGAAAUUCGCCUUUCUUUUCUAAAUAAUUAUGUGGGUGACACUUGAAUAUAUAGACGCAUCUUUUCACUAUUUUAGCGUUCGCAUUUAUUUGAUUUUUGUGGUUAUUUUAUAAAAGGCUAAGGUCAUUAAAGCAGUCAGCUUUAGGGUUAAGUUUAGCGUCCGGUUUAAGGUUAGACUUAGGCAAAAGGUUAGCGUUAGAGUUAAGUUCGCCUGCCGCAUACCGUCUUAUCCAAUCCAACCUUUUUUAAUCAAUAACCUUGCAUUAUCUAUUUUCCUUCGGCUUACGCGUCUUUAAUUAAUGUCUUCUUAAUUCCACGGGCUUAUUCGGCGCACUAUUAUGGUAAUAAACAAAUACAUGGUAGAAAUUCGAGGUUCCUUAAUGUCUUCGGCAGGUUCCGUUGAUUGUCGCGUCCAUUUUUCGUACGGAUAAAACUGAUACUAAUAUACUCCUCGUACUAAAGGAGCCCCUGCGCCUCAUCUUCUCGACAGAUGUACAUAUCCGACCCUCCCCAGUCGUCCAAUUGGUUGCAACACGACUGGUUAACAGCAAGCAAAAACAUGCAAAUGUGUGCCGAAUUUGUCACUAAUAUGCUGCAUUUCAGCACUUGUUUCAGCUCUCAGGCCCUUGCAUCAGGGGCAAUGAAAAAAGUAGUAAGAAAUGAGCGGCUCUUGUAUUGUCCCGCUGUCCGCCAGGCGCGAAUACGAAGAAUGAUGGGUGCGCCAAAAAUCUAUAUGCUAUCAGAAUUCUGGACCCCAGCAUUUCUCAACCUCUCUCGGUACCAGUCCGCGUCGUUACCAAUAUGCGUGUGUGGUGAAUAUGUGGCCCACAAAUCGAAAGUUGCCUGAGGCCUGAAGUUGUGGUAGCAACUCCAUAAACUGGCAUAUCGACCCGCCUCCCGACAGUUCGACCUCGUUUCUGUCUAUCGUGUGCUCCUCGGCAAAGUGACAGCAGGCACGGCGACAUGCGCGUGAAUUAAUUUAUCAGGAUGUAGACUUAUGCUGCAACUACCGCACAAUCUCCCCCUCCCCCACCUAGGCAGGUGUCAAGCCAAAGUCAAGAAGACCGGAGAUGAGCACAGGCGGAUGGCGCGAUCGAGCCUCCAUCUUGGCAAUCCACUCCACAUACGCUGCUACAGUAAAUGAUCAGGAUUUUAACCAACAAAAAUGAGUGGGAGCGGCAGGAAUCCCAAUGUGCUCGACGGCUGCCGGCAACUGGGUUUGUCACCGCAACCCCGAAAUGUUGGCAUCUGUUAUGGUGCGCAUUCCGAUAACGCUUGCAAGAAUCCGAUAUGGCCCUUGUAGGGAUCCAGUGCAUUUACCGCGUGGCCCGUUUUGGGGGGGGGCAUAUAUAAUAUGUUGCACUCUAUCCGACUGGUCGUACAUGAUCGACCUUGACUAUGUAAACAGGUGGUAUCACCGCAUGGCGAUAUAGAUAACGUUAUAUAAUUCCGUUUUUUACGUCUGCCAUGCUGUAGUCAGGCACGAGCUUAAAAUACCAGACAAAUAUGUGUGCAUACGGUCCUUGAUAUUGACGUUUUUUCUUCCCAACAAGACGUCUCCAUCCACAGCCAAAAGUCUGUUAUCGAUGCAAAGUUUUUGAUGGCAGUUUGACUGGAAGGCUGAUUGAGGCUGAAAAUCACAUCUACAGUAACCCUCGAAAUGCAUGGGACCCCAAACGAAAUUUUUGGCUAUGGAAUAGAUUGCUGUUGGAAUAGAAUACUGUAUCGGUUACAAGGACGGAGCUUACCUGAUGUAGAAAGACAUUCUGGGUCGCACUUUGACACCGUUCUAAUCACCUGAAUAAAUAUUACUUGAUUGACAUCCACUUCUCAGCUAGUGUGUAUUGUUCCGGUGAGUUUUGAAGUUUACGAGAAUUUGUUAACAUCUCCCGAAAAAGAUGCACAAGUUUCGCCUCGUCAGUCUAGUAUGUGAAAAAUUGCAUCCACAAACGACAAAUAUUCGCCAAAUACGAAUUGUUGUUUCAAAAUUUUCUCUAAAACCUGCAUCUCUUAGAUAUGAUCAGAGCACAUUCCGUUCGGAAUCUGGCCAGACAACAUGCCAUAUACACAGUUUUCUCAAAAACCCAGCGGACUCCACUGUCGUCGUGCAUUCACAGUACAUUUACUGAAAAACACCUACCUUGGUAUAUACGAUUACGUCCGCUAAUUGUAUUCGAAUUUAUUAUUCAGUGAUUGAUCUGAAAACCUGUGACCGUGCAACGAAUUUAAUACCUGUAGCGUUAUUCCAGACGAAAUCGAGCGAAGGCCUCUCUGUUUUAAUCAAUCAUAUCUCCAAUAAUUAAAAAUCGGAAAAAUUACAUUGAACUUUCGCGAAAGUUUUUUAAACCUGUUAUCAGGCAUUAAACACUUGACCGUGUGCCAUAUUUCACAUAAUACUAAUGUUUGGGGGAUCCACCCCGUAAGUGAAGGUGAAGAACUUUUUUUAAUCUCACCUGUGCCUACGCCGUUUUAUUUACUCAGUCAUUUAAAUGGAAAGACUUUAUGCACUUCCACAAGUUGAGUUUACUCAUUGGAUGCAUUUUUCUGCCUUUUUCAGCGUCUCCUCACUUUUUUAAAAAUUGUUAAUCGCAACAAGCGAAAUAGUAUUUAAAACACUUACUCUGAAUUUUUAUACGAUUGAAGGUCGUCCAUUAUUAGUUAUGAUUUUGGUGGAUGCAUGUGGACUGGUCUCCGAUUGCUUAAAGAUUUUCCGUUAUAUUAGCUACAUUUCUACCAUCUUUGAAGAAUUCUCACGGUGUUAUAAAAUAUCACGAUGUGUUUCAUGUUUGGUGUACUUAAGAAGGACGUGUAGAUGCCCAUUGUACAAGGCUACAUAAAUAACUCUGCCAAUUCCUCAUAAACUCCUUAGUUUUCAGGCUUUUUCAAUCAAAACGAUUAUUUCUUAUGUGUUAAAAAUUGAUUACGAUUCUAUUAUAUCCAAAAUUGGAAGUAACAUUAAACCUGGUUAGAUUCUGUAGAAAUAAAUUAGUGAAAAUGAAGCAGAUUUCUCAAGAUAGAUCCUUUCAUUUUCGGUCCAAAGAUAUUUAUGCAUACUUCACCCGAUGUAUAUCGGCUUUAACGACAUCUUAUAUUAAGGUCUGAUAUAUGAAGUAGGAAAGUGAAUGUAAAAAAUAGUAAAGUAGUCUGCAACUUCCGGCAACACUUGCUUCAGCAUGUCGGAACAAGGGUUGAUUACGUAACAAAGGUAAUGGCAAGAAGCCGGGAGAAUGGACUUAACUAGAAAGUAACCGAAAAGUAACCGUAACCGAUAAAUGCACUGAACUAAAUCCUAGUUAUCCAGAAGAUCAUUAUGCAACGGACAUGUUGAUGAAUGCUCAAGUAUCCACGCUUUGUAGGUUAAAAACGGAUAUCAUCACUUGGGAGGUGGCCGGUGACAAUUUCCUUAGCACAUUUAGGAGACUCGGCAUUACCAAUGAGAAAUACCAGAAGGCGAAUGAUCGGAUUGUAUUUUGCAUUACGCCAGACUUUGGGACUGGCACAAGUAAGCACUCCUCAGAUUGAACAAUGGGACUUUAGAAAGCGCGUCAGCUUGCAAAGGCAUAGGAAAGUUCGGUCCGGAAAGCUAUAAUCAGAAGCCCUUACGGCAAUGUGUUUAAAUCGGAAACAAAAUAAACAAAAGCACGCGGAUAUACUCAGCAAUUAUACCAAACUUAUCCGUCAGCAAACGAUAACUGUAUAAUACUGCACGACCUUUAGCUGAAUUAUCGAAAAUAUGCGAACUUUAGCCGCACAAUAACCUGAAAUAUUUAUUGUAACUUUUAAGUUAGUCUAGUUAGGGGAAAUCAAAUCUUGGUACGUCAUUACUGAUCUAGACAUCAGGCAAAUGCGAUAAUACAUACAGAGUUUAAAGAACCAGAUAAGUGUAUUAUCGCAAAUGGUUUACCUAAUGAAACUUGUGGCCCAUGUCUGUCUAGUCUUCGUCGGUGGUAAUUCUCGAUUAUAGACAUAUAUUCUCUAAUUUUUUUUCCAAUAUCUAGGUCACUUGUUCGUCCUAAGUGAAAAGCCUAUAGUAAACAGUUUAUGAUCUUGCAAUCGUUUAAAUGCUACGCCUCUACGCUAGUUGUAAUUAUCGAUGUUUGCAGUAUAUAUCUUAUAAUAUUUUACUAUGUGCCCGAAGCACAAGACUACAUUCUACGCUAUCAUACUGCGAGGAGGAUUCGCGAUUAGGUAAUAUAAUUUGUCCAAACUGCCUGUUCUUUGCCCAGAAAGCGAGGAUGAUCACGAUACCGCCGUCGUACAGGUAGCAUCUUUAGGCGUUAAGCCGAGGGCACGUACAAAAAUCCUCUAUGUUGUUUCGGUGAAGUGAGUAGAUUACCCUAGCUCCCAAAGUAAUUACACCUAGAAGAGAAAGAAAAGGAUGAGAAUGGGGCGCGUUUACUCUGAAAUAAACUAAAAUAUGCAAUCAACAUGUACUGCUUGGCGUUAUCGGAUCGAAAAAUCGGAAGACUGCAAAACAUCGCCUAAAGUAGCUCGCCCCCAUCGAAUUGCGAAGUUCUUAUUUGAAAGAGUCCGGCGUAGUUUCAAAACUGACUGAAGUUUCCCAACAUGCGCUAAGCUAAGCUUUAGACAGUAAAAACCACAAUACUUAAUAGACUUCGUAACCCUUUAACUCUCAAAUGAUGUGAUCUACCAGACAUUGGAAUGAUACUCCCAAGCUUCUACAAAAGUUUAUCACAUAUGUGUGAAUCCAAAAAUGGCUUGAAAAGUCGAAAUAUGAAUCUCCAUUGCUUUGAAGCUAUAAACACUCAACAAGCGCCUAGGACGGGCAUAGUUUAAAAGCUGACAAAGUUAGCUGUUAAAUUGAAAUAUGAUGCCACGUCCCAAAUUCGCAGAACUGCGUUCUAACUCACCGUUUUUGACUGAAGUUUGGAAUUUAAACGAACCCGUCUUGCUCACAACCACAUCUUUCCGCAACAAUAUACUUAUAAGUCAGGCAGUUAUUACACCGAGGACAACAUAGUGACCUGCUUUCAAUUUCCCUGUUCGUAAGAACACACCGACACCGGAAGAGUGCAGGAGUCAGCCAGACGGUCAGGCGGAAAUUAACUCUGAUUGGAUUCGCUCGGCGCAGGAAACACCAAAGACAGCCACUCCGCAGGCCAGCAGUUCUCCAGACGGAAACAUCUACCUUCGGGUUCCCGAGCCUGGCUUUAUGUCAGGGGAUAGCGGUAGGUUCGACGAGGAUGAGGAUGACGAAAAUUCUGAUGGCUCUUCCUACGUCGACGUUCCAAAUAGUAAGCCAAUUCAUUUUGGGUAUGUUAACUUCAACACCAUUAAUUCUAGUACUGAUGGUAGUGACAACACUAAGGCCAAGAUGACAAUAUUGGGGUUACAGGAUACUAUGCUAGCAGCACUGGUGGUAGUUAAAAGCACUGAUACGUGUCUUGUUGAUAUUCUACCACUGCAUGACGCAGUUUUUGUAUUGGCGAUUGCCGCCUUCUUUCACUUUCGGAAGCCACGAUGCUGUCAAGUGUGGCGUGGGCAAAGGACGAGGUGCCGGCCACGCUCGAAUACGUAAACCCUCAAUUUUACUGCAUUAACAGGCCUGCUAAUCUGAUUUAAGUUCCGUUUCCGGUUAAGCUUUAGAAAACAAUUACGUUUAUGUCCGAGGUUACGGUCAGGUUUAGGGUCAGAAUUGAGUUUAAGAUUGGCUUUAGGGUUUAGGUUAGGGCUGACUUUGCACGCCGCAUACCUUCUCACCUAAUCCGGCCAUCUUUCACCACCAAGCUUGGACUACCUGUUUUCCGCCUCUACUUCGUACAUUUUGAAUUGCACGAUCUGUUUCGAUAUCUCGUUGCAGUAUUUAAACAAAUCUGCGGCAGAACCUCGAGUUUUUCCAAUGUCUCUCGUAGACUCCGUUAAUUGCAGCGUCCACCUGUCCUCCCGAUAAAAUUAAGAGCAACAUCCUUUUUUGUAUUACAGGAGUCUAUGGGCUCUAUUUACUCAGUGGACGUGCAUAUCUAAUCCUCGUUAAGAGGCUUAUCAACCCAGAUAAUUACGCGCCUUUUCGUGCCAUCGGCAGGUAACUUUUAAUUUCGGAAGAUUCGGGCUGUGGUUACGCAGAAAGACAAGAUAGGAAGAGGAACUGGAUGGCGUGUAGGUAUUCACAGGUAUGACAGGCAAACCCGGGAUUGGUUUGGGAAACAGAAAAAGCAUACGUGUUUGCCGCAGAUAAAAUUCCCCUGACUCCCCUCCUACAAAUUUCUAUUUGCACAUUUUUGGUAGAAAAUAAUCUAUGCAAACCGUUUCCUAGAUUCAAGCAUACUACCAGUGAGGUAUCCAACUUUCGUAGAAGCUCGUCUUGUUUCAUUUAUGAUUCAAAGACUUUGGUGCAUCUAAGAAGCUUGUUCGCCACGUAAGGCGAUUUAUGCUGCUCAGGGUGAUUUAAAGGAUAAAGGAGCUUCGGUCUUUCUAUAGGCGCACCUAAGAUCCGAUGCCAAAGGUUUUUGCUCCGCGAACUCUGAAUGGAUUAUCGUCUCCUCAAGAGCAGACUCUUGUGGUGACCCUUCAUACCUUCCUGGAUAAAAAAUUAUUGCUUUGCCUUUUAAUCAUAAAAAUUCAUAUGAAUUAAGACGGAUGCCUCCUGAGUCCAUCACGGUAUAAUCAAACUCAAGUACACAUUAAAUUAAACAGGCAUACCUUAAAGUAAGGCUGGAUUAGCGGUGGUCUCACUAGAAGUUGUACAUGUCAAGUUUGUGCUAGUUCAGUGAAACGAUUUGACAUGCUAUGCAGCGGUGUAAAUAGGUAUAUGUCUUUUGGUCUACAGAUCAAACCUGAAAUCGAAAUCUCAUUGCAUUUUCCAGUGUAAAAAUGAUGAAUGAAAGUGAAGCGCUGCGCAUAAUCUACUUAGCCUUCCCGAAACUGAGCUUUUGCUCUUUUUAUCUCUUAGUGGCUGAGGUCAGGAAUCAGUAUGAGAUUCCAGCCUUUCCUUUGAUCAAGUUGCUGGCGAACCCCACCCUUCUCACUAACCACUUCGACUACUACGCAUCUACUGAGUCGCCUGAACCAGUGAACAGCAAAGUGAACCAACGCCAAAGUCAGCCUCCGCAACCUCCCGAAACUCCCAUUAUCCCCGAGGAGCCCGGAAUGCAGCGUGGCGGUAUAGACCUGACCGCAGCUCCUCUGUUGGAGGCAGUUACGGAGUUACAGCCUCCUAGUGAAGGUUUUGUCUUCUCCUUCCGAGUUCCGCAGUGGUCGUGGACAAAAAAGGAGGUAAUUCAUUGCAUAUGGGCAUAUAAGCACGUAGACGAUAGGCUCGAACAAACUAAUUUGUAAUCUCCACUUUAAUUUUGUGAGUAUAAAUACGGACCUAGGGUAAAAAGUAAGAGACCGGCCGAUCACCAAUCCUGUCAGCACCAUAGACUAAGCUUCAAGUUACGAGCGGAAAUCCGACCUCAGAGACUAUUUAAAAUAUAUAUAUAUAUUAUGGUUUUUAGCGAUUGGCAGCCGUAUGCAUCUUUCGGUAAUAACGGCAUCAUAACAUUUACUGGUGAGGGAUGAAGGCACGAUAGGCCGGACGCAAAUAAGCAUAAGGUUUAGAGGAUAUCACAAGAGGUCCACGAAUCCCAUAGCCGUCGGCCUGCUUUGUCCCCCGCACACGCCAUUAAUGCUGAGGUUGAUGUUCAUUGAUCAUUAUUCAUUGUCCUGCUACUCCGUGACAAAGAUCCGCCUGCUAGGUGAAUAGAGUCUUUUCAAAAGACCGUCAGUCAUUUGCAACUUCGCGUCUUAUGGAAGUCCGUGGGCGACUGAUGGGUUUUCAUUGGACGUAAUCAAAUUUCUGUAAAAUUCUUCACAAAAAACAGCUAUGGAAUCACAGAGUCCAGGUGACGAGUUCUACUGAAUGACAGUUCGACUGUAGCACACAACAAUAUCUGUCGUGUGCCUCGCACUAUGAUGGGCGGGGGACUGUGACUUGUACAUGAGGUAGCUUACAGUGAUAACAGACUUGCAAGCAUCCGCCGCACUCUGUCCUCCAUAAUACGUCGCGGAGUGGUGGCAAGACAGAGUCAGGACGGCCGGAGACGGGAUCGGGCGUAGUAGCGCAGUGUGUGCCCAAUCUCAUGAAAUUUUGGCCGAAAUUCUGAAAUUCGUUUUUGAUUAGGAAGGAUUACCUAGGUGGUGUUGUAAUAUUGAUUAGCGUGCGGCAUAAUCCUAUAGCAUUUCGGACUCGUCAGGAUGUCGGCUUUUGGAUGCACUCCCUCUUGACCUCCUGCAGAAACCGCACUCGGUACAAAAAUGACUAUCUAAGUAGCAUGCACUUUUCCUAAGGAUUUUCGAUGGGCUCAUAAAUGCAAAUAUAUUUUAUAGAAAACGUUCACAAAAUAAGCUUUCUUUUAUUCGUUUGGUAGAAAAUAAUAUUGGUUUUGCAUUUUAUGCACGAAGAAAGUGCAUAUUUCGGUUUUAAUAAAGUUUCUAAUUGUGACAGUUUUAAGAUCGUGCGAUGGUCCAUGUAUACUGGACCGCACAUGUCCCAUUACCUCUGCCGCUCAUGAAACGUACAGCACAGUUCGGAUCCAUCGCGAAAUUUCAUGAACUCUAUGUGGUAUCUUCUUAAAGGCAUAGAGGAAUAUAUUAUUUUCCUUAAGCGGAAAGCAUGCACCUUGUUGACUGAGAUCGCUGAACACUGACGUAAUGGCAGAUCAGGCUCAAAAUAUUCGGGAUUUGGAAAACUUUUUAAAACCCAAAUAUGCAUUUUCUUGGGAUAUAAAAUAUCAAGACAAUGUGAUGUUCUACCAAAUGAAUAAAAGAAAGCUUAGUUUGUGAACGUUUCUUAUAAAAUAUAUUUGUACAUAUAAGACCAUCGAAAAUCCUUAGGAAAUGUGCAUGCUACUUAGGUAGUCAUUUUUGUACCGAGUACGGUUCCUACAGGAGGUUAAGAGGGGGUGCAUCCAAAAGCCGACAUCUUGACGAGUCCAAAAUGCUAUAGGAUUAUGCCGCACGCUAAUCAAUAUUACAACACCACCUAGGUAAUCCCUCCUAGUCAAAAACGAAUUUCAGAAUUUCGGCCAACAUUUUAUGAGAUCGGUCACACACUGUAGCUAAACAAUUCGUGUGCGCAUGCCGUGCACGUUUUUAUCCGCGCACGAUGGCUCAGACUAUUGUAGAAACAAGGGGAAGACUCAGAUCCCAUCUGAGAUCGAGCGCUUCAAAAGCCACAUUAAGAAAACGUCUUUCCUGAGAGGGGCGAGUUACCCCACCAUUUGGCAACCCCGCAAGUCAUGAGGUUUAGCUCAUCACCAUAAUUUUAGAACGUGUCACAAACUUUUAUGGUGAGGGAUGCGUUGGAGUGCUUUGGAGAAAAAUCCAUAGAGCCGACUUCAUUCUCUCUUCUCUCUCCAAUGCACCAGCCUGCUAUCCUAGGUGGUCAGUCAUCUGACAUCCGGAAGUGGGAAAAGGUGACCGACAGAGCUGCAGGAGAACGACUACUUGUGCCGCAUCUUGCGCAAAUGGGCACAACGUUUCCCUAAAAACAUUCUUUCCGAUUAUAUCAGAGAUGUCUAUUUUGCACCUGUUGCGGGUGAUUUGGGGCGCAUUUGUGUUUGUGGUGUAUGGAUUGGUCGGGCAAGACGGGUGGAUGGGGUUUGCUCUGCAGUGUUUUAGCGCAGGCUGCCAUGGAGAUGUACAGUACGUGACCGAUGUCAUGAAAUGUUGGCCAAAAUUCUGGAAUGCGUUUCCGAUUAGGAACGAUUGCUUAAGUAGGGUUGUUAUACUGAUCAUCGUGCAGCAUAACCCUAUAACAUUUCGGACUCAUCAGGAUGUCGGCUUUCGAAUGCACUUCUUUUUGACCUCCUGUAGAAACCACACUCCGCAAAAAAUGACGCCUUAAGUAGCAUGCAUUUUUUCUAUUGAUUUUCGAUGGUCUUAAAAAUUCAAACAUAUUUUGUAGAGCACAUGUACAAAAAUGUGCUUUCUUUGGCACAUUUGGUAGGAAAUCACAUUGCCUUCAUAUUUCAUGCCCGAAGAAAUUGUAUAUUUAGGUUUUAAAAAAGUUUCCCAAUUCCCGAAUAAUUUUCAGCCUGAUCUGCCAUGGCAUCAGCGUUUAAAAAUUUCCGUUUUCAAAGUGCAGGCUUUCCGCGUGAGAAAAAUCAUAUACUCCUCUAUGUCUUAAUAAAGAUACCACGCAGAGUUCAUGAAAUUUUGCAAUGGAUCCGGACUGUGUUGUGCAUUUCAUGAGGAGCAUUAGUAAACGGACAUAUGCGGCCUUGCAUGCAUGGACAUCUCACGGUCUUAAAAAUCUCAUAUUUAGAAACAUUUUAAAACCUAAAUAAAAACUUCCUUCGAUCACAAAAUAUGACGACAAUGUGAUUUUCCACAAAAUGUACAAAAAAGCCUAUUUGGUGCAUGUUUUGUUUAUAAGACCAUCGAAAAUCCAUAGGAAAAUGCAUGCUAAUUAAGUAGUCAUUUUUUACGGAGUGUGGUUACCGCAGGAAUUCGAAAGAACUGCAUUCGAAAGCCGACAUCCUGAUGAGUCCGAAAUGUUACAGGGGUAUGUUGCAUGAUAAUCAGUUUAACAACCCUACUUAAGUAAUCUUUGCUAAUGGGAAACGCACUCCAGAAUUUUGGCCAACAUUGUAUGAGAUCGGUCAUGCACUGUACGUGGCCGACUAAGUCCAUACAGUGACUGGAUGAUCGUAGGUAGUACGGGCAGUCGAGCAGAGUGCGGGUGGAGUAUAUUAGUGCUCCUUGGACUGGUUCGACAGCCUCAGUAUGGUGGAUUCGCAGGCGAUCGGCCUGACCGAUGCAUGAUUCGUAGGUACAACCACAAUGGGGACAGGUUGAGGCACGGCCGACAUUGCUGAUGGGGAGAUGGGUGGCAGGACGUCGGGAAUGUUCUCCUAGCGGUGGGAGCGGGAGUAACGAUAGUCGCCGUCCGCAGGCCAUCUUGUACGUCUUGAGUUACCUGCUGAUUCCGCGUCAAGGCCUGCAGUUGGCCAAAGGCCCUGCAGGACUUAAGGACAGGGUAGGCCACUUCGUCGUUGAUCUUGGUGUUGUUUAAAACUGUGCUGUCUAGAUAGGCGAAUACGUCCACUCAUAUUAGUCGAGUUCAAUGCAUGUUGAUCCUUGGGGUACGGUUUACGUCCGCUUGUGCUGGUUAAUGCAUGACCACCGUGUAGUCUGCGUUGAUGGUUGGCUCCAAGUUUACGCAGCCGGAGGCAAAGAUGUUCAUGACCCUUUGCAGGACUGCUUCCGUCGGGGCAAUACGUGCGCAUUUGUGGUUGUGGAUGCAUGCAUUCGUCGAAUAUUAAGAAGCUGGUCCUAUAUGAGAUGGCGAUUCCGAGGAGCUCCUCACGGUAAGCAUCAAUUAGUUGAACACAAAACGUGAGGCCGAGGAGUUUGGGAGCGAGUACACAUCCCCUUUCACUCCGUUGGUCACUAGGAUUGCUUCUGAAACUGCCCUCUUGUCCGUGACACGCGCAACCAUCCAGCCGUUGACCUGUCCGACUGUGUCGUUGAAGCGCCCUAGACAUCCGAAUUUCAACAUGCUCUGUCGCCGAAGCCUGAGCAGGAAGGAGACCGAGACUACCGCGACCAAUUGACCGGAUUUUAUAAGCUGUACAGAACAACUGGGGGCGGGAAUGGAGGGAGUUGAUAGACAGAGGAAUGUGCCUCCGACGCCGGGCGAGCGGCGUCCCAAGUGUCUGUCAGAGAAUGCGUCAAAGCAUCUUAAGCCAGGCCACGUCUGACUCGGCCUCGACUCUGUUUGGUCAAUGGGGAAGCCGAGUGGACAAACAUCAGACAGCCCGGGUACGCAUUUUCAGGCACUCGCGAGAGGUCCAGCGUUGUGACAGGCGCAUGGAGAGGGUCCACUACGGCUCCUCCAGAGUGAGCCUCUUUUCACGGUGUCAAAGGCUUUUUUCAGACCCACAAAUGUAACAUGGAGGAUGGUGUGCAUUUUUCGAUACUUCUUCUGAAGUUGCCGGGUCGCCAAAUCCAUGUUGGCGGUACCAGUUCCUCUGAUAUCCACAUUGGCUUUUGGGGAGGAGUUCGUGCUUCAGGAAGUUGUUGAAAGAGUUGAGAAGGAAGCGACCGAUGGCCUUCUCAGCAGGGUUAAGCUGCGAGAUUUCUGUAUGAUUAUCACAGAGUUGACGGUUGCUUUUGAGCUUGUAUAUAUGCACGGUUCUGGCGUCCUUGAAGGCCUGAGGGACGUGUCCAUGUCGUCACAUCUUUUGCAACAUUGAUGCAAUUUUGUCCAUCAAUAGAGAGUCGCCAGUCUUUUAGAGUUCACUCUGGAUUGAGUCGAAGCUCGACGCUUUCCUUUGAAGAACUGUUUCUCAGCUUUCAAUGUUUCUGGGAGGGAAGGUGGAUGGUGCAACUCGGUAGUGGUUUCCGCUCGAAGGAACUGGUUGAUGACGUCGCCGGGAGAUUCUUGAUGGGCGGUUGAGGACGGUCCCGAUGUGUUCAACCCAGUGCUUCAGAGUCUGCGUUUUCUCAGUGAGGAGCGUCAUUCCGUCGGAGCAGGGCAGCACUGCGGUCCCAGUGGUUCGGAGCCAUAGAGCGCAUCUGUGAAGACAAAGAAGUUUUUCAUUACGUUGCAGUUCGCGUGGUAUUGUAUUUUUUAGCUGUGUGAUCCACCAAAGCGUUCUACUUCUCCCACUACAGCUGUUCCAUCUGGUGUCAAGCAUGUAAGGAGGCAGCUUCUUUUUCGUCGAGCCGUCGACUGAUGCGGACUGUGUGUAGCCUAGCUUUCACUAAAAGCAGAUUAUUUCUUGCUCCGUCGUUGUCGUUGAAUCACUGCUUAUACUGACGGCAUGCGUGUCCAAGAACAUUCAUGACGAUAGAAUGGAUGACCUUCCGUAGUUGACAUCAUAUCUUCACAAAAGUGCUAUCUUCUGGAAAUGGCACCUUUCCAGUCGGUGGGCCAAAGUCUAAGCAUCGAUCAAACACGUUCAGCAGAACAGCAUUUAUUUUACCUGGCUGUCACUUACCUUGUGGUCUCCUAUGAUGUUGCGGUCCGAGCCACAUCUCGGAGAGAAUGAGGUGGUAUUCUGUCCAACCGUUAACAUCGUAGAUUGCUUUAGUCAUCGGUACGUCUUAGCGGUCCCACCUCCGGACGAGAACGCAGUCCAGCAGCUUCUACCGGCACAAGUUGGGAUGUAUUCACGCUGCCUUCUCCCGCGUUGAAAGGCAGAUUAUCGUGUAGGUCAGGGGGAUGUCGUUAACGGUGGAGAUUCGCAGAAGGAAGAGGGCGUUAUUGCUGUAUCAGCCAAGAGCAUGGGGAUCUAGCAAUCCAUUCCAGACAGCAUGGUCUUUCCAGACGCGGGCAUUGAAGUAAUCAAGGACAAUUAGCUUGUCCACCUUUAACCCAGUCGCUAAGAGUUUGCGUAGCUUCUCACAGAACUCAUUCUUCACCUCGUCAAACCUGGUCAUAGUGAUGGCGUAAGCACUGAUGAGCAUGGCAAAUUUGGUUCUUCAAACGGGCAAGCACAGAGUCAGGGGUCAGUCAACUAUGCCCUGCGGCAGACAGGACAGUCAUCCCACGAUGCCGUUGUGGGUGGCAAAGGCAACACCAGCAUCACGUCGCUCUGCCCUGAGGCGACCAAUCUAGGAGAAGGUGCCGUUUGCACGCAUCUCCUGCAUCCGACCCUGUUAAGAGAAUCGGUAUCGUUGAGAGCAGCAAUGUCCACCUUGCAGCGAGCAAGUUCUCUAGUGGCCAGCGCCGUCCUUCCUACCGGUCAGUUGAUGGGCGGACUGUCUAAGAGGGAACGGACUUCCCCGUCUGUCACUGAUAAGAAUCUCCAUGCCGGCCUGCGGAGUUGGACGUGAAAACGAGGAUAGAGAUGAAUUAGGCGGUAUGUUAUUACCGACAAAGACAAGGGAGACGGGAAUGGCCACUUCUGGCUUAUUAGCCGACGUCAGCCAGUCACACCCCACCCCGAAUUGUGGUACACCCAAGGCUCGAACUCAUGACCUGUUCGUUAGAAUUCCACGCCUCUAAGCACUGGGCCACGAGCCCGUUGCCCUGUCGGUUGGGGCGCUCACCGAUCGUUCCUACGGAACUCACUCAUUCCGUUGUGCUUUACGGUCUCUCUCGACCCCAACCAGCAGCCGCACAGCGGCGCAUGAUCUAGGCAGUAUGUUAUUACCGACGAAGACAAGGGAGACUGGAAUGGCCAUUUCAAGUUUAUUAGCCGUCGUCAGCUAGUCAUACCCCACCCCGAAGUAUGGAACACCCGAGGCCCGAACUCGCGACCAUUCCAGUCUCCAUUGUCCUUUUCGGUAGUAACAUUCUGCCUAUAUAAUGCGCCGCUGUGCGGCUGCUGGUUGGGCUCGAGAAAGAGCCCGUAAGGCACAACGGAAUGUGUGAGUUCCGUAGGAACGAUCGGUGAGCGCUCCCUACCAUUAUAUGGAUGAUUGUUUCUACAGCGUAUUUUGCGUUCAGAAGCUACGCUCAGCUGAAGGAAGACUUGAGUUCGUAGUAUUUGUCUAGGGCUUUUCUUCUAGCCCCUUCAUCUGCGGGGGAGUAAUCAGUGUUCUCCCCUAAAUAGGGCCGAUCAGACGUCCCAGAGGGCCAAUGAAUUUCACAAUGGGAUCACACCCUUGCAAUGGUUGAGGAAGACGCGAGUCAAUCUGAGCCGCCUGCAAGACUGCAUGUCGCCCCCCGCCGUAGGUCUUUUUUUAAGGUGGAAUGGAGGGAAGGAAAGGAACGGGAAGUAAAGCUGAGUUAGGCGGUGUGUGGAAACACACAAAACCGGCUACCCGCCGGUCAAUACGGUUGGGCAGGGUUGGCCGCUAGACGGCGUACAGCUUCAGGCAGCCACAGAUGAGAGAUGGCUGGCAGUUAAUUGCCAUGAAAAGAAACCACCAUCUACCUGCACGAGGCACAUGGAGUCACCUGUCACCCCUGCAUCGUGUACCAUCUAACUCGAUGCCCCUAAACAGAACGAAAGUCGAAAGGAACGUAUGAGUAAGUUACUUGGAAUUUUGUGUAUAAAAGUGAUUUCUCCGUCAUACAAAUGUUAAGGACAAUAGGGAGUAACAGUGAGAGUGAUAGACUUGGGACAGUGCCUACCGGCACUGCAAAAUUCUAUCAACUGGUCGUAGAUUGAAGUUGCAAAUAAAGUAAAAACUAGUCACAGAGUCCGCCGCACGUAAACGUUUCGACCACCUCUCAGAGUACUUGCCAGGAGUCUGUGCAGUGAAUUAUCUUGAAGAGACAAAAACUUCAUAACUUUUACUGCGUAACCGCGUGCACAUGCAACGGGAGAUGAAAGAAAUCGAUGUGAACAGGAAAGCUCUCUGUGGUUAAAAAUUCACUAAUGAAUGAUCAACGCUAUUUUAAAUAAGGUUUCUCGUAAAUAAUGCUUUUCAUCAGCCACCGGAUAAAGAAUUUCAAUGAGCAAGGUAGGCCCAUCUUUUCUGCGAACUCAGAAAUGCCCAUUGUUAAUCCGGUUGUCACCAUGCAAAUGCAAAUCAAUGAACAUCCUAUAAUUCUAUCUCAGAUUUGUCUACGUCAUUUGUAACCAUUUAAAACUUCGAAAAAUCUACGCUUUAUGCAGUCUGAGACUGUUUGUCGGCGAAAAGUCAUAACAGCUUAGUUUUGCAUACAAACUUUUCGCAUUUAGUCCAUUCACAAGCAUCAGUCAAAAACACGUUUUGGUCGCAAAAUGUCCAAGUCAUUAGUUAGUUAUUUGGCAUGUUUUAGUUUUACGUUUUCAAAGUAAAAAGUCGACUUCAGAAGACCAUUCAAAGAGGAAAGUCUCAAUGGCCCUCAAGUUGAUAUUCUUCCUAAUACGAUCAUCAAACACAUGAUUCCCACGGUUCAUGGAAUCCGAUAAGCACCGUAACUCGAAAUCAUCUGUCAUGCAUUCGUCAUCCCACAUUAAAUUAUGACUGUAAAAAUACAGCAAGCAAAACGGCAAUUAUUAUCAUUUCUUCUUUCUUCCCUACGGCUGGGAAGCAUGUGCAUGAGCGUAUAAUGUUUUAACUCUGAGUAUUCCCCUGUUUCUGUUAAACAAACUUAAGGAGAUUAAUGCACAGGACCAACAAGAACAGCAGAAGAAUUAUCUAUCUGUGGAUCCACCUGAAUCAGCGCGACAAAAUUCCCGUUUCUCAAUUUCCUCACUGACUCACUUUCUGUCAGGCAAACGGUCGAAUUCGGAAAACCCUGCGGAGCCUUCAAAUGUUCUGAUUCGAGAAAAUACCGCUGACAGCAGCACGCUCCAUCAAGCCUCCGAUCUUUUCGUAAGUUUGUCUUUGAACCGCGCCCUAUUAACACUCCUCCCACCGCUAUCCUCGACAUGAAUAUAGGGAUACAUUUGUAGCCUGUUCGUUAACAGCAGACGUUUGAAUCAUGAUGGCGAUGACGAAGCAAAAAACUCCUUAAGAGACCGUUUGAUAUCCAAGACCAUCACUAGCAAAAAGCCAAGAAUGUGGUGGACUUAUUCGGCAUUUUUUGACCUGUCUACAAACGGACAAGUUUACCCACCCGAAAUUGUCACAAUUAUCACUAGAAGAAAUAAUACUUAGUCGAUUCCUGCAUGGUCCGGGUAACUGCCUAAGUCCUACCAUAAGAAAAUACUGCUGCAGUAGUGUGUACACUUCCAGUUAUUUCUGAUGUGCCUUUAAGUAAGAACGCAGCUGCGAGGGAGACUGCAAGAAAGAAAUCUCAUAUGACAGUUUUGCAGAAAUUCGCAAUUUUCUGAAGCCACAUAAAUGGAUUGGCGAUAUACUUCGAGUUCAGAAUUAAUUAUUAUUUCCUGUAUGUUUUAACACGUGGCCCCUCUUUUCACUAGCUUUAAGGUCCACAAAAUACCCGCUAUGUUAAACUACUAUGCUGAAGUUCGUAAACAAGUCGGUUAGUAAUAUUAUUUAAAGAUUCCUCCCGGUACAAAACCUUCCCACAUUGUGGACUUGAUAAAUACACUUAAUUGAAAUGUCAGAGAAUCGCUGUCAUACGACGAAUUUGUAUUUAUGCAUGCAAGCAUAGCCUGAUAGGCCACGAGAAAGAGAUGACUGGUCAACAGAUAUAAACCCCAGUGCAAACUUCGAGGGCGGCCUUGAUACACCAGAGGACAACUGGCCAUAGGAAAAAGCCGUGCUGCUAAAUUGGCACGUGGCAUGCGUUUGCCUUAACGGGCGGUGGCUGUGCGAGAACUUAACUCAAGUAGGUGGGCUAACUCACGAAAUGCCAACCGAAAUUUUGAAAUGCGUUAUCGUUUCGAAAAGAUUAAUUAAGGUGGGUUGUAAAACUAGUCAGCCUGCAAAAUAAUUCUAUAACGAGUCAGUUACCUGAGGAGGUCGGCCUUCGACUGAACCUAUUUCCGACUGCAUGCAAGGGCCAUGCUCUGCAAAAAAUGACUACGGAAGUAGCAUGCAUUUUUCUCAUUGAUUUUCGACACCCUUGAUAAUUUAAUUAUAUUUCAUCGAAAACAUACAUAAAAAUAUUCAUUCUUUUACGCAUUCGGUAGCAAAUCACGUCUUCUUCCAAAUUUAUACUCGGAAAAGGGACAUAAUUAGUUUACAAAAAGUUUGCUAUUGUGGGAUUUUUAAUACUGUGAAGUGGCCGUUUAUAAAAAGUCAUGUCUCUGCAUUUACCAAUGUGACAUGUAAAUUUGACAAUGCUGUUCAAAUUCACUGCUAACUUUUAUGAACCCUGUACAGUCACCCUUUAUUACCGUAGAGAAAUGUGUGGUUUUUUCUACGCGUAAAAUAUACGACUUGUAGGUUGGAAACACUGAAUCCACGUAUAACGGUAGAGCGGGUUCAAAAUUAUUUGGAAAUUAGAAACGUUUUUGAAAACCGAACUAUACCCAUUCUCCAAGUAUAAGAUUGAAAGAAGCCGUAAUUGUCUACCGAAAGAGCAAUGAAUAUUUUCAUGCAUAUUUUCCAUGAAAUAUAAUUGGACUUUUAGGGACAUCGAAAAUUAACGAGAAAAAUUCAUGCUACAUAAGUGGUCAUUUUGUAAAGAGUGUAAUUUUUGCAGGCAGCCGGAAGGAAGUUCAGUCAAAAGCCGGCAUCCUGGGGUAACUGAAGUGUUAUAGAAUUAUGUUGUUGGAUGAGUAGUUUUACAACCCUUAUGGUCCCCUCCUAAUACCGUAGAGAAACGCGUGGUUUUCCUCGCACGGAAAACAUACGGCUUGUAGAUUUGAAUCCAUGAAUGCAAGUGUAACAGCAGGUCUGGUUCGCAAUUGUUCGGGAAUUAGAAACGUUUUUUGAAGUCGAAUUACAUCCUUCUUUCGAUUAUACAAUCGGAAGUAGGCGUGACUUUCUGUCGAACAAGUAAAAGAAUGAAUGACAGGGGGCGCUCACCGAUCCUUCUUACGGAACUCACUCGUUCCGUUGUGCCUUACGGGCUCUUUCUCGAGCCCAACCAGCAACCGCACAGCGGCGCAUGAUAUAGGCAGAAUGUUAUUACCGACAAAGACAAGGGAGACUGGAAUGGCUAUUUCUGGCUUAUUAGCCGUCGUCAGGCAGUCAUACCCAACCUCGAAAUGUGAAACACCCGAGGUUCGAACUUGCGUGGAUUUAUAACUGACAGGUCGCGAGUUCGAGUCUCAUAUGUUCGACGAUUCGCGGUUGGGAAUGACUGGCUGACGACGGCCAAUAAGCCAGAAAUGUCUAUUCCAGUCUCCCUUGUCUUUGUCGAUAAUACUUUUCUGUUUAAAAGAAUGAAUAUUAUGAUGGUAGGUGGCGCUCACCGAUAGUUUCUACGGAACGCACUCAUUCCGUUGUGCUUUAAGGGCUCCCUAUCGAGCCCAACCAGCAGCCCCACAGCGGCGCAUGAUAUAUAGGCAGCAUGGCAUUACCGACAAAGACAAGGGAGACUGGAAUGGCCAUUUCUGGCUUAUUAGCCGUUGUCAACCAGUCAUAGCCAUCCCCGAAGUGUGGAACAUCCGAAGCUCGAACUCGCGACCUGUCAGUUAGAAAUCCACGCAAGUUCGAUCCUCGGAUGUUCCACAUUUCGAGGUUGGGUAUGACUGACUGACGACGGCUAAUAAGCCAGAAAUGGCCAUUCCAGUUUACCUUGUCUUUGUCCGUAAUGCCAUUCUGCCUAGAAUGAAUAUUUUUAGGCAUGUUUUCUAUGAAAUACAAUCGAAUUUUCCAGGGCAUCGAAAAUCAAUGAGAAAAUUACAUACAGCUUAAGUAGUAUUUUGCGGAGUAUAGUUCCUGUAUGCUGUCUGAAAUAACUUCAGUUAAAGGCCGGCAUUCAGAGGAAACUGAAACAUUAUAGAAUUAUAUUGUAGGCUGACUAGUUUUACAACCCUACUUAAUUAAUCUUUUCGAAACGAGAACGCAUUUCGAAAUUUCAGUUGGCAUUUCAUAAGUUAGCCCACCUACUGUACAACCGUAUCUAGCGUACAGUGUGCCUUAUACAAGGCAGACGCCACGUCAAUCGCUGUGCCCGAAAACGUCAGCGACUGACAGGCCACCGGUGAACGAAAUAAACAGGAGACAAUGGGACUCAUCUAAAUGGAAAAUUAUUUCAAACCGUACUAUUAUACAUCUGACGCCUCUGAACAUACCACAACGCAGCAAAAUGCAGGACCUGGAAGACAGAUAACCUACCACACUACCCUUUUCUCCCUUGGGACGAAGUUCGAACUGUACUUACACCCUCCUAAUAUGGACUUCUGUAGCAGCUCUUUCUUCUGCGAGAUCAGAGCCUUUGAAUUCUAUGGAAAGCGACUAUGCGUCACAUCAGCCACAGUGUUCAGCAUCAUUCCCGGUUAGUUUGGAUUAAACAGGACAGUGUGACAGGACAGAAGGUUUGGUUGAUGUAGAUUAGACGGCAAGAAUAAUUUUCAUAUUCUGUAUAAAAAACCGCCUUGAAUUACCACAGCGUGUUAACGGUCGAGACUUGGAAGGCUGCGAACCAAACAUGUAAAUCGGUCCCACUCACAGUGGCUGAUUACACCACAACUAAUUCUUUUUAAUGUGACCUUUCGGACGUUCAUACAGUAGGUGGGCUAACUCACGAAAUGCCAACCGAAAUUCCGAAAAGCGUUUUCAUUUCGAAAUGAUUAAUUAAGAAGGGUUGUAAAACUAGUCAGCCUGCAAAAUAAUUCUAUAACGAGUCAGUUACCUGAGGAGGUCGGCCUUCGACUGAACCUAUUUCCGACUGCAUGCAAGGGCCAUGCUCUGCAAAAAAUGACUACGGAAGUAGCAUGCAUUUUUCUCAUUGAUUUUCGACGCCCUUGAUAAUUUAAUGAAUGACAGGGGGCGCUCACCGAUCCUUCUUACGGAACUCACUCGUUCCGUUGUGCCUUACGGGCUCUUUCUCGAGCCCAACCAGCAACCGCACAGCGGCGCAUGAUAUAGGCAGAAUGUUAUUACCGACAAAGACAAGGGAGACUGGAAUGGCUAUUUCUGGAUUAUUAGCCGUCGUCAGCCAGUCAUACCCAACCUCGAAAUGUGAAACACUCGAGGUUCGAUCUUGCGUGGAUUUAUAACUGACAGGUCGCGAGUUCGAGUCUCAUAUGUUCGACGAUUCGCGGUUGGGUAUGACUGGCUGACGACGGCCAAUAAGCCAGAAAUGUCUAUUCCAGUCUCUCUUGGCCUUGUCGAUAAUACUAUUCUGUUUAGAAGAAUGAAUAUUAUGAUGGUAGGGGGCGCUCACCGAUAGUUCCUACGGAACACACUCAUUCCAUUGUGCCUUAAGGGCUCCCUAUCGAACCCAACCAGCAGCCCCACAGCGGCGCAUGAUAUAUAGGCAGCAUGGCAUUACCGACAAAGACAAGGGAGACUGGAAUGGCAAUUUCUGGCUUAUUUGCCGUUGUCAGCCAGUCAUACUCAAACUCGAAUUUUCGAACAUCCGAAGCUCGAACUCGCGACCUGUCAGUUAGAAAUCCACGCCAUUUCGAUUCUCGGAUGUUCCACAUUUCGAGGUUCGGUAUGACUGGCCGACGACGGCUAAUAAGCCAGACAUGGCCAUUCCAGUUUCCCUUUUCUUUGUCGGUAAUGCCAUUCUGCCUAAAAUGAAUAUCUUUAUGUAUGUAUUCUAUGAAAUACAGUCGAAUUUUCAAGGGCAUCGAAAAUCAAUGAGAAAAUUACAUACAGCUUAAGUAGUAUUUUGCGGAGUAUAGUUCCUGUAUGCAGUCUGAAAUAACUUUAGUCAAAGGCCGGCAUCCAGAGGAAACUGAAACAUUAUAGAAUUAUACUGCAGGCUGACUAGUUUUACAACCCUACUUAAUUAAUCUUUUCGAAACGAGAACGCAUUUCGAAAUUUCAGUUUGCAUUUCAUAAGUUAGCCCACCUACUAUACAACCGUAUCUAGCGUACAGCGUGCCUUAUACAAGGCAGACGCCACGUCAGUCGCUGUGCCCGAAAAAGUCAGCGACUGACAGACCACCGGUGAACGAAAUAAACAGGAGACAAUGGAACUCAUCUUAAUGGAAAAUUAGUUCAAACCGUACUAUUAUACAUCUGAAGCCUCUGAACAUAUCACAACGCAGCAAAAUGCAGGACCUGGAAGACAGAUAACCUACCACACUACCCUUUUCUACCUUGGGACGAAGUUCGAACUGUACUUACACCCUCCUAAUAUGGACUUCUGUAGCAGCUCUUUCUUCUGCGAGAUCAGAGCCUGUGAGUUCUAUGGAAAGCGACCAUGCGUCCCAUCAGCCACACUGUUCAGCAUCAUUCCCGGUUAGUUUGGAUUAAACAGGACAGUGUGACAGGACAGAAGGUGAGGUUGAUGUAGAUUAGACGGCAAGCAUAAUUUUCAUAUUCUGUAUAAAAAACCACCUUGAAUUACCACAGCGUGUUAACGGUCGAGACUUGGAAGGCUGCGAAUCCAACAUGUAAAUCGGUCCCACUCACAAUGGCUGAUUACACCACAAAUAAUUCUUUUUCAUGUGACCUUUCGGACGUUCAUACAGUAGGUGGGCUAACUCAUGAAAUGCCAACCAAAAUUCCGAAAAGCGUUUUCAUUUCGAAAUGAUUAAUUAAGAAGGGUUGUAAAACUAAUCAUCGCGCAGGAUACUUUCAUAAUAAUUCAGUUACCUCAGGAUGCCUGCUUUCGAGCGAACUUCUUGUCGGCCGCAUGCAAAAACCACACUUCUUAAAAAAAUGACUACUUAAGUAACAUGCAUUUUUCUCAUUGGUUUACGAUGUACUUAACAAUUUAAGUAUAUUUUACGGAGAAGAUGCAUAAAAAUAUUCAAUCGUUUGCUCAUUCAGUAGAAAAUUACGUCUUCGUCCGAUUUUAUACAUAAAAGAAGGGUAUAAUUCGGUUUUUAAUAAGUCUCUAUUUGUGAGAUUUUCUAAUACCGUGAGAUGGUCGUUCAUAAAACGUCAUGUCUCUGCAUUUACCAUUGUGGCUUGUAGAAUUAACAAUAUGGCUCAAAUCCACUGCUAAAUUUUACGAACCCCAUUUGAUCUACUCUUAAUACUGUGGAGAACUGUAUGGUCUUCCGUACGCGGAAAAUAUACGGCCUGCAGUUUGGAAACCCUGAAUGCAUCGUAACGGCAGGUCGGGUUCAAAAUUAUUCGGGAAUCGGAAAAGUUUUUGGAACCGAAUUAUUCCCUUCUUUUGAGUAUAAAAAUGGGAAGAAAACGUAAUUUUCUAUGGAAUAAGCAAAAGAAUGAAUAUUUUUAUGCAUUUUCUCCAUAAAAUAUAACUGAGUUUUUAAGGACAUCUAAGAUCAAUGAGAAAAUUGCAUGCUAAUUAAGUAGUCAUUUUUUACAGAGUGUAGUUUGUGCAUGCAGACGAAAAGAAGUUCGAUCAGAAGCCGGCAACCUGAGGUUAAUGAAUUAUUAUGGAGGUAUGCUGCGCAAUGAUCAGUUUUACAGCAAUUCUUAAUUAAUCAUUUCGAAAUGAUAAAGCAUUUCAGAAUUUCGGUUGACAUUUCAUGAGUUAACCGGCCUACCGUACUUAUGCGAGACCUGACACCUCGCCCCCCUCGUAAGCUUUACUGUAAAAAUUUCCCGUUUGCCAGAUUUCUCACCUCGCUUUUAUGGGACGAAACUACUUUUUAUGGUACAGAAGGCUAGCAUAACGUCCUUCCAUGGAAGACCGGAGUUCGGACUGUAACGCUAAACAGGAUUUCUGUCGUUAACUAAAUAAUAAAUUUACUGAAAAGUCCUAUUUUUAGCUAUGUUGGGAUCUGGAAAACGCUUCUGCAAGGGUUUCAAUACUGCUAAUCGUUAGGUUUGAACUGGAAACCAUUCUGACUUCAUGUCAUGUCUCCUGUUCACUGGAUGGCUAGUCGGUCGUUUUCCCAUUUUCUACCAAAAAAUAUCAUUCUUUUGUGAUUUAGCUGCCUUUAAAAUUCCGUAUUAAGUCCUUGUUUUGAAUGGAAUAGGCAUUUCACGCAAAUAAUCAUCAACAUGUUUCGUUGCCAUAAUAAAGUGCCUGCAAACACAAAAUGCAUCUUUCUCAAUGACAUACGGAAACUUUCGGGUAAGCGCAGAGGCUGACGCGACUCAAAGCCGUCGCAUAUCGCGAGUCACACACAGGUUCUGAUCUCAAAGAAGUGUGAAUUGCCACAGACGUCCGCACUUCGUUCCAAAGGGAAACGGAGGUGUCCAGUUUGUUCGUGGUCUUACAAACCACGACUCUUGUUGAGUAGCGAAAGACUCAACGGUGUCGGAUUUAUUGCAGUGAGGACUGGACAGACUUGCCAUCAGGAUAGGCUCUACGGUGCGGGCCUCACUCUCCUUUUCUUCUUCUAUUCACCAGCGGCCAGUCCAAGCAUUGCAGUUGGCAGGUGGUGAGAUAGGGCGCGCUGACUAACAUGGCGUCUGCCCACGCUAGGGCGUGCGGCACUCUAGAUGCGGUUGUAGUUAAUGCCAUGCGCUAGUGUAGCUCCCCGUUGGGUUCGACGCGCUUACGGCGUAGCCACUUCUGCGGACAUUAAAACCGGGAGUACCUCCCCAACAUUUCUGACAAAUACACACAAUCCGCGUACACAAACCCAGAAGGUGUUUUUAUAGUAACAUUUCCAACGCGAAUUUUUGUCUGUGCGCGAUUAGUAAGCGCAUCACCUACUCUCCUGGUUCUGUCGUAGGCUGGGGAAAUAAUGGCGCAAGUCAAAUUAAUUCCGAAGCCUUUAGGCAAUUACUAUUCAGAAGGUUUGGCGCAGUACUUGCCGUACAUUUCCAAAUGUCCGUUUAAACUUCGCUUUUAAAUUAAGGCUCAUCUGAUCUCUUCCUGCUUUUAGGACUGGUUCCGUGCUAAUACCUUUCUGCUUAUCAUCAUUGGCAUCAACAUCUUUCUACUGCGCGUGUUUUUCAACCAAAUGGAACACACCGACGAGGAUAGCUAA